CUUCAGCAUCAUCCAUGCGCCGCAGUCAAUCAGCUGUUGAGGCAACUGCUGACUAUCUCGGCACAAGGGUAGCUCGUUUGUCAUAUCUAAAGUCAGACGAGGCAAAGAGAAAAAUCUUUAUCCACAGAGCCCCAAAAGGUGAACGAUAAAGGUAAUUCAGAGUGGACGUGAGGCAGAGGAGCGACUCUGCUCUGUGUGUGCAUUUGUGCGUGCAUGCUGUUUGUGUGCAGGGACACAUAUGGAUUAAAGGGGGGGUUGAAGGCUUCAUUAAAAGUAUCGGAUGCCUCGGUGUUCGCGAUAAACUGGCACGUGAGUGGUCAGGUUUUGGCUGAGUUUGUGGUGGUGAGAUGCCGAGGAGGUGAGCUGCUGGUUGUGCUUCUUUGAUGACCUUGGAGGCGCAGCUCCUGGAGGAGGAAACACGGAUUAACUGGUACUGUGUAUGUGUGUGUGUAUGUAUGUAUGUGUGUGCGUGUAAUGCAGACUAUUGCGACUACCUUCAAAGUCUAAUUUAGAGGCUCUCAGUGGCAUCAUGCUGCUGAAAUGAUCCAGCAUAUGUCAUCUUCAGGGUUAUUUUCAAACUCUUUGCUGCCAUAUUAUUGACAGGCCUGAGUGUGGCUGCACGUUAGCUCCCCUGCAGUUAAGAGGAGCUUCAUUUACAAGAUCAUUUAUUGUCUUAUGUCGCACAAUUUUACCCCUGCCUGAUCUGACAAACUGUCACAUUUGGUGUGGUUUUGCUGCAUGUGCGUCAGUGUAGCCUUGUAGUGAUAGGGAUAUUUGGUGUAUUCACAAUAAAGAGUGACCUGAUUACUGUAAAGUUCAUUGUGUGGGAACUUAAUGGUUUACUGAGUGUGAAACUGCCUGUGUAAUUGUUAUUUCCAAGGGUGUGAUUGGGCUUUUGCAAGGCGUUGUCGCUGAAAUGCAGAGUGAAGGUGAAUUCUGCAUGAAUGUGUCAGAUCUGCACCCUCGAGUAUAAUGCAGGGCAAGUGAGAUAGCCUACAAGUAAAAUUUCAGCCAAAACUUAAUUAUAUGUCGCACAUUGUUAUUCUUUAAGCAAGUAACUUCUUGUAUUGUACCGACCCGGGGCGCUGUCAAUGCGCAACUCGACCAGAGUCUCUUUUUACGCUUUAGGAAAUCAUAAUUAUUGUUGUCCAGUCAUCUUUCUGGUGCUCAGAACAUUAUUUUCUAAUCAUCUGAUAUAUGAAAAUGCUUAUUGGCAAAGUAAGGCAAACGUCUGAGUCUUUGCAGCGUCAUAAAGUGCUUCAAGUGCAUCACUUUCUAAAUGCGUAAAAAGGGGCGCAGUGAACCUUUUGGUGAAGUCCACUUGAAAAUGAGGGUUUCGGUCUUGAGUGAGUCUCUGUACCUGACUCAAGGUAGAUCUGUCUUUAACCUUGCUGAAGGACAGCUGUAUUUACUGACGUAUGUAAAUGAACAUAGGGGAGGUCCUUGGGCGCAAAACACACACUGAAUCAGUUUCACAUUGCAGCUCCGGAGUUCCUGCGUGGAAGGAAAAAACGAGACGUGGCGAAAUCUGGUGAAUAUCUGCAGCCUUUCUGCUCCCCCGUGUGUAAUUUGUGGGAUUUAUGAAUCAUUCUCGUAGUCUUUGGAAGUGUGUUUUCCUCUUCUACUGCUCGACUAAAUGGGUGAUCACGCAUUCGCUUUGCAGCUGCCUGGUCCCUCUAACAUCCUCUCCCUGUCGGAGUUGUCCCAGUUCAUCAGAUACUACAGCAGCCCCGCGAGCCCGGCGCGUGAUCUCCUGCAUUAUAGCGGUAAUAAUAAUAAUAACAACUGUUCGUCUCUGUUUCCCUUCGUUGCAGCUCAGCAAACCAUGCAGGAUGAUUUACUGAUGGACAAAAACAAAGCCCAGCCUCACCAUCAGCAAGAUCCAACGCAAGUAGACCCUCCUCCCUCCACCCCGACCCCGUCAUCGGAGCCCACUUCUUCCUCAUCGGAGUCGGAGAGCCCGUCAGCCGGGAGCAACCAAGCGGCGUCAACGCUGAGCAACAGCAGCAAGGACAAAGUGCCGAUGGAGUCGCCAAUCCUGCCCGGGUUGAGCUUUCACCAGGAGACCGGCGGCCCCCUGUCCUCCCCUUCCUCUUCGUUUGGGAGCACUUGGUCCACGGGAACCACGAACACCGUGGACGAUAGCUUUUUCCAGGGAAUACCCUCCGUGAACGGGACGAUGCUUUUCCAGAACUUCCCCCACCCCGUCAACCCGGUGUUCGGAGGGAAUUUCACCCCGCAGAUCGGCCUGGCCCCGCAGACCCAGCAGCAUCAACAGCAAGCCCCGCAACAGCAGCAGCAGCCCCAGCAGAGGAGAUCCCCUGUCAGCCCCAGCCAAGGCCCCUUCCCCCAGAGAAACGCUUAUCAAACCAUCAUGAAUAACAGUAAAGGCUCUUCGUCCUCUUCUGCUCCCUCGUCCGCUUGGAAUAAUCACCAAAACGCCGCUUGGAGCACAGCCUCCAACCCCUGGAGCGGGCUGCAGGCGGGCAGGGACCCGCGCAGACCGGUGGGUGUAGGAGUAGGGGUCGGGGUAGGAGUCGGUGUCGGAGUGCCGUCACCCUUGAACCCCAUCUCCCCAAUGAAAAAACCCUAUACCAGCAAUGUUAUAGCACCCCCUAAAUUCCCAAGACCUGGUCCUCUCACCCCGAAAUCCUGGAUGGACGAGAGCGCCUUCAGGACUGACAACAGCAACAACAUACUGCCUUUCCAGGUAAUUACUCUCUGAUCAGGCUCCAGCCAACAGAUCUACAGUUUCACACAUUUAUUUUAUUACGCUCUGACAUGCUGUUACUUUAAGCUGCUAGUCCACUUAACAGAAAUCUGACCCUGUAUUACUGAUUUAUGGGUGAUCCAUGAAUGAAAGGGGAGGCAUGAGAAUAAAGAUCAGGAUAAGUUCAACCUUAACCCAGUUAUAGACCUACACAAUUAAAGAGUCAUAUAUAAUAGUAGUUAUGUAGCUUGUAUUUGAUAAAUGUGAAAUUACGAUUAUUUUAAUGCCAAUUAUAACACUAAUCGUCUUAAACUGAUUAAAAUGACUGACCAUAAAUGUCUGUUAUGUUAUUGUACCAUUAAUGGGAGCUGUCCUUUUAAACUGACAAAUGACCACAAGGUUUUGCCGGUAGCAGUGACUCAGUUUUAUGGCAUGUACGCAGCAGGUUGUGUCAGGGAGGUCAAAAUAAUCGAUCGAGACAGCGAGUCCUUGAAGUAUAAACCAUUGAUCAUCGCUAUUUUUGCGCAUCUAGACAGACAACCUAGAAACAGUGGCUGCACAGAGUUCAUUACACUAAAUAGUUAAAUCCUCUCUGCCAGCUCACUCUGUGAGGUUUAAAGGGCACAUGACUCAUUCAGGUACCCCUCAUAACCUUCUGGAUUCAGAUCAGCAAAGAACUGUAUCACAUAAUAAGUCUAGAAAACCAGCUCAAGGAUCAAGAUUAUCCCACUGUUGCUAUUGCGAUUUUUCUUUUAAUCCAAAAUCACAGUGAGCUGCAGUAAAAGCAUGCUGCACAAUGAAAAGGAGAAAUCAUGCAACAGCCAUGAAUCCGAAAAUAAACGUGAAAGGUCUAGUUUAAUCUUUAAAAGAAUACCUGGUAGCUAAUACUGGGAUUUGAUGGUACAAUUAUUGUCAUCAUUUGAAAAAGGAUAAUGGUAAAAAGUUCUAAAAAAAAUAAAGGUCAGGUAAGAAUCUGUGUAAACUACAACACGUUAAUAAUAUUUAAAAUCUUCGAUAGUAUUAGAAGGUAGCUUCCGCACUUGUAUUUGAUUGGCUGAACUACUGAUGGGCGGGGUUUAAAGGUUUGAUGACUAACAGGAGGAUAGUGUUGCACAUAUUUAUGUCACACUUAUGGCAAAGCAAACCAAUGUAUACUUUUUAGUAGGUUUUAAAUCAAUAUAUUACACACUCAAGGUGCUAAACUGAUAUCCAUCUGGGUUUGUGCCUUUUGAACACUCUUCACUGGGCGUAAACAUGCUAUCGUUUUUAUGGUAAAACUACCAAACUGACAGCCCACAAGCAAAGACGCCAUAAUGGAUAUUAACAAGAGUUUGAGAUUGGAUUAACAUAAACUAAACUACCGCAUUUCAUCUCAAAUCCAACAUUUGUUAGGUGAUACCAUGGCCUAGCCCCUGUGAGGAGAUUUUAGCGGACUAUUACGUAGACUUAAUUAAAUUCAUUCUGAUAGGCUACCUCUACAUAUGAAAGCUAGCUCAGCAACUGGAUAUGAGACUGAUGAUAUUUGUAUAUAGUGCUUAAGAAACCUGGUCUGCAUCAGACAAAGUGGAUUAAAGCAUGCUAUAAAAAACAGUUUACCUUUUUAAUGUGAAAGAGUCACAGAGAUUAAGAUGUUGGACAGCUGAAAGACAGCAUUAUGUUAGAUAAUCCCACUAAUUUCUACACAGGACAAUAUAGGCAAAGAUAAGGUCUAAUGAAGCUCAGGGGCAGUUUUUCAAAUUGUGCUGAAAAAUAUUCAGCUUUUCUGGCAGAUUUUUCCACAAACAUUGGUCUCUUGUUGAAAUUUAUCAAUAUAUCUAUAGGCCAGCUCAUACUUUGAUGUAGGCUGCUUUAGUGCGAGUUUGUGACAAACAAUUUUCAUGUAUUUGCAGUUGUAAAACAUAUGGUAACAUGUUUGGUAGCUGAAUGAGUAGACUACUUUCUUACAAUAUUUGACUAAUUGUGCAGUUUUAAUGAAUCACUCUGAUACCUAAGAGUGUAUCUCUAGUUUAUUCACCAAACAGUGAUAUGUGACAUGGUAAAGCUGGGCAAUAUUCAGAAAUAAUCUCUCAUUCAUCCUUAAAUUGCAUCAAGUUACCAGAUGGAUUUUUUUUUCUGAUAAUGAAUGAAGCCUGAACAAAUCAGAUGGCUUUUUAUAUGCACUGUCAUUAUGCAAGACUGAGCGUCUGUCCAAUAUUUUUUUUAUGUGUUCUUCAGUUUUUUAAGACAUAAAUUAAAGGGAAUAGAUUUAUACUUGAAAACUGGUUAUCUAUGUGCCUUUAAGCAAACACAUGACUUUUAAAGAAAGGCUGCAAGCUGAGCUAAUGUGUUAACAUAAGCUAAGAAUCCCUUAAUUUUCAAAGUCCACCACAAUCAAACUGUCACCCACCUUCCAAGAUAAAGCCUAAAAUGGAAAUUAACUCAGUUAACCACUAAAUGAAAGAGUUCCUGGAACAGCUGAUCAAGGUGUAAUGGAGGAUUUUUGUUCCUGUUUAGUAGGCCAGUGUCCACCAAGUCCAAAGUGUGAGCUAAAUAAAAUAUUGUUUCCUUGAUGCCAUUCGUCUGACAGAAUUUCAGGAACUGCUGUAAGCUUAACAACAGCUAUCUUUUACUUAUCUGGUGAUAAAUAGCUUCAUAUUGUAAAAACAUACAGUUUAAAUCAACCAAGAUUGAAAGGUUCAAAAGUAAGUGACUAGAAACAGGCACAGAGUCAGGCUGAGACAUUUAAAACUCUGACUCUGUUGUUAUUUUGAUCUCAUCUGCUAUCUAGAGCAUUAUAUCUGUCCAUUUUGAGUGGCAAAAUGUCUACAAUUAAUUACAUCCCAUCAUAAUCGAGUCUUAAACAGUGUGAUAAAGUGUUUCUCCCCGUCUUCUGGUCCAUACAAGUCUACAGUGGAAUUCAGUUUCAUUUCGGUUUGAAUGUAUUUUAACAUGCCUUGAUUGGCAUGUGUGAUUGGAUGAACAAUUCUGAUACUGUAUGGGUUUGUCACAUGGUUAGUCAUGCGUUAUUCCUGUGUUUAUUUACACUGCCAAACAGACCAACAUAAAACGUAAGCCACUUUAACACUCCCCCUUAAAGUCACAGACUUCCUUAAGCAGCAGUAAUCAUUACAACUGAUCCGAGACAGAGAGAGCACCAGCCAAAACUUGAACCUGCUGCUGCAGCAGAGAGGACUUCAUGUACAGAUGAAGUGCGGCCUGGCAUGGGGUGAAUUCCAUCUAGCUUUACAGCUUUUUUUGUUUCAGGAGACGAUGGGUGUGUGUGUCAGUCAGGCCUCCUCUCAGUUUUCCUCUGCUGGGUGCCUCUUUUACUCCACUUAUCACUGGGACACAAGGUCAAUAUGCCACAUGUCAAGCUGUACAAAGUGAUGACUGUUGACUGAAAAACCGACAUGUACUCUCAUGUGCUCAACUGAUGCCAGAUGAAACACCAGGGUUACAGUGACAUAUUACAGCAGUCCACUUAAGAAACAAUCACCAGUUAAAGAUUAAAUAAAGAGCGAAAACUCAUCUUAAAUGAUUGUGUCAGUCUUUUACAUCUAAGUCAAACUAAAUUUGUAAAGUGACAAAGAUUAUAUAAGGUAGUAGCAGUUCUGUUUGCAAAUAUUUUUGUCUAAUGGCAAGCUGCCAUCCUAAUCAUAAAUUAUAAUUUUACAGAUACAAGAGAGAGAAUCUCUAUGAAAAAGAAACAGACUCAAAGUCCACUUUCCAUGUCUUUAAAAUCAAGCCAAUGCAUGAGGAAUAAAAGCUAGAGGGAUAGAUUCUUGAGUGUCCUCUCCACUCUGGCUCAAUACCACCCUAUUAAAAAGCUUUAUAACGAGGGCUGUCAAACCAUUGAUUUUUGAAUCACAUUUAGUUGCUGACAUUUGGUGGUUAAUUGUAAUCCAUAGAUCUGUCGCAAUUCACACGCAUUACAGAAGUCCUUGUGAGCUCUUUUUAUAUGGCGGCCUUUAACAUCAGUCUCAAGAGCUGCACCUGUAUGCUUAGCUUGUAUCUGGAUCGAAUGCAAAGUAUAUAGUGUUUUAAUUCAGUUUGACAUCAAGUGCAUACCUUUUUGACUUUUCAACUGUGCUGUCUGGAAGUUUUGAAUAGUCAAAUGUGCCGUAACUGAAUUUUUAUCAUUUUUCUUUGAGGCAGCAACAAGAGUGACAGCACAACUAUAGAGUGUAGUCAGGGACACUUUAAUUUUGACUCCAUCCCCGAUAGCUGUAUUCUUUUAACAUAACCAAACAUCUCUACAGCUAAAUACAAAACUUAAGUUUGGCCAUUGUCGCUAUUUUCUUUAUUCAGCUAAUCAGUUUCAAGAAGAGUUAAAGUGCAAGCAGAGACAAAGUCACUAAGCCAAACUCUCUUGUGCAAAUUUUAGACUUGUGGAGUUUGUUUGGCAACAGUGGGAAGGAAAAACUUCCAGAGACCUUGAGCAAAACCAGACUUAUGUUGAACAGACAUCUGUGUGUUUGUGAUUUUAAGUGGAUGAUCAUUAUUUUCAGUGACUAAGUUUGGUCUGCCACCACCACGAACAGAACUCGGUUCAGGAGAAACACUGCUGUUGACAAGCUAAUUAGCCAGCUAAUGACUUAGCCUUGGACAUGACGUGGGACCAGCUGGCUUACUUCUCUGUAACUUCUCCAUCCAAAUUGGCUCAUUUAAGCAUAAAAAAGCAAGCUAUUGUUACUAUUGCCAAACUAAAGCCAAAAAACUAAACAAUAGAUGAUAAAUAAUACAGCUUAACAAUCGCCAAGAGCAAAACAGUUGAGAUUAGAGGUCGACGGAUACUAUCAUAAUAGAACUGAUUAUUCUGUGCAAAUUACAGUCAAAUAUACAUGGUUAUUUAAGCCAGUGACAUGUUUAAAAUGGUGUCAAAUUGAUUCCUAAAAUUAAAAAUACAUUGGGUUAUGCCCUAGAUUUAAAAAAAGGCCGAUAUAUCUGCCAAAAGUAGCACUAAACUUCAUUAUUCUGUAAACCAUAACAUAAUUGAUGUUAAACACUUGCCAGUAAUUGAUCCAGAUUUGAUUUUUCAUCAUUUAGGAUAGGGACAAUGUGCUAUCAUCUAAAAAGAUGUUGAUAUUGCUCGACGGUAGCCUAACUGAAAAGGCUGCCUGCAGUGUCUGCAGACAUUUUCUGUUUACUUUUUCAGUCAGUCUUGUAUGAAGGUUUUGACCAAUGACCACUUUAAAAUGGCACCAAUCAGCCCGACAGAUAAAUCAGUCUAUCUCAGCUGGAGACAUUACUCUGGCUUUCCAGUUUCCUGUACGUUUUAUGUCUGGAACACCAUUAUUUUCUACAGGUUGUGUAAGUAAUCAAAGUAUAAAAUACACACAGCUGAUGCCAACACUUGCAACAGUAAUUGUUCUGGUUAUACUCGGGCAUUUUCUGCUUUUGAAUGACUUCGUUUGACUGAGAGAGCAUGUUUCUAAGGGCUUGUCUGCGUCUCAGUGGUGCAAUCCUGGCUACAGCUCGCACUUAGCUGUUUAGCAAUUACAGCCAUAAUUGGAGAGGAGUUAUCACCAGGAUGCAAGGUCAGGCUGCCACAUGUCAAGUGUGCUGUUUACUGAAGUGAAACUCAGGCAAACUGCUGAUCCGAGCAACGGGCCGGGUUACACACAGCGGCCCCGCACCGUCAUGUGGACAGCUGGUGACAGGUGUACAUGUUGUCAUCCUGUCGAUCUGCCUCAGUAGUAUUGUGGGAGAAAAUGUGCAGUCCCAUGUGCUGUGCUAUGUGCUCAUACUCGCCUGCUGCCGCCUGACGCUCAAAGACCGAGGAAUGUGCGGAAUUCAACUUAACAUGUCAGCGUGAGGCUUAAGUCAAAAAAUCACAUGAUCGUCUCAGGAGAUACUCUGAUUUAAAGUGAUGUAAGUCGCCAUUAUUGUGAGUCCCUCUGUGAUCGCCAUCACAACAUAUCAGAUCAAAGUGCUGGAAGUUUUUCAGCAGACUGACAGGUGGAGUCUCGCAGUCAAAAACUGUCUGAGGGAACUGAGGAAAAACAGAGGUGUCAUUUACAUCACUGCUCUGUUGCUUUUUUCUUCUUCUGCUUCAUUCCUCUCAGAAACGUUCUCUUUUUCAUCUCAAAGUGGCGUCAGAUGAUACAGCUUUGACCCCAGAUCCAUUUAAUUAAGCUGUUUUUGUAGGUCGGGGAUUGAAAAGACACAGGCCGUGUUGGUAAAUACCCUUUAGAAAUGCCAACAUAUGGACGUUAAGUUUCUCUAAAAGAAUCUAAUUUGGCAACAAUUUCAGUAUUAUUUAAUUAAGUUGUUUAAUAUAUGCAUUUUUCUUACUAUUAUCAUUUUCAAAUGACUUUUAUUGCUUAUCAUAUCAGCCUCUUCAUUAUUGGUUGCAGAUAGUACAGAUCUAAAGUGACAUCCACUUUAGUCUCUUUGCACUCUGGCUCCAGUAUGUUCUGAAACUGAUUUUGAGACCUUGCUGCUGACCUUUAAGGCUACCCAUGGCCCCUCUCUCUGUCUGACCUCGGGGCCACCUAUGAGUCACUGUGCAGCCUGAGAUCCUUGGGUAGAGGCCUUUUAUGUACUCUUGAGGCUUGGCUGAAGACCCGGAGUGACAGUAUUUACAGUCAAAGCCCUGAAGCUCUGAGACAAGCUGCCUGAGAAAUCAGGUCAGCACACUCAGGGACCACUUUUUAAACCUCUAAUUAAAAAAUUUUCAUAAGUUAUUUUUUUGGCCAAUCAGACUUUAUGAGAUGGGAUAGCUGAAGAUAGGCAGGAAAUGUGGGGACUGUAGCCUCUGUAUAUGGAUCACACCUUUUAACCAUUGAGCUAUCAUGACACACCCUCACAUCACGUUUUAUUGGAUAGCUGUUGUUGACAUCUCUGGGAUUUAUUGACAGCACUGUUGUUGAUGACUCAAUGGUUUUAUGGUUUUAUGGUUUUAGGGAUUCGGUCUAAUUCUACUAUAAUCAUCAUUUUUGUAUUUUUUGUACUGUCAGACUUGUCUCACAAUUCAAAGACAUCAUAAAGAGCUCAUAAAACAAAAAAGAAAAAACAGUGAAUAUAAUAAUUAAAUGAAAUCAUCAUGCAUCCAGUGCAUGAGAAAACUUACCACAACUGAAACCACCUUUCCAGCAACAUUCUGCUGAAUUCUAAAGAGUUAGUGCCGCCUGUGUCCUAACAACUUUAAGGGCCUGUGUCCACUACCCCCAAUCAACCAAAUCUGGCUAGUUUCACCUCAGCCAUUGCUGUUAACAAAGUUGACAUCAGUCGCCUCGGCUCUAUUUGAUUUUGAUUAUUGGUGGCAAAGAAGUGACAUUGACAAGUGUGGCAUUGUCUCAAAAGUGGAGCUUAUGGCAACUGAGGGUGCUGUUAGUGUUAGACUCUGAGGUUAUUUUUGCAUUUAAAUGAUAAACUGCAUUGUUAAGGAGGCACCAGGGAUGCAAAUUCAAAGUAUUCCUUCUGAUCGAUCUUUGGGGAUGGUAAAAAUAAUGAUUACCUGUCAAUUUCUAUGUGAUUGCACAGCUACAAGACUUGAAAAGGUGUACAUCAAUGUUGAAUAUCAGCAUGCAAAGCAGGCUCAUAAAAAUAAUCUUUGUGGACAUACUGUCAAAUGGAGCACGGCUCAAAUGGCUAAAUAAGGAACAGAAAAUUGUUUCAGGCACUCACCAUCCAAUUUUCUGUCUCCUUGUUCUUAUUGACAGAAUAAGCAUAUCCACGCUGUCAUGUUUUGGUUGACAGUGCAACUAGGUCACAACCCAGCUGGCUGCAGAAAGCACACAAUCAAAGGGUGCUGUUUUUGCUGGUAUGCAAUGUGCCACAUUAGCCAGACUGGAAACCUCUCUGCAUCGUUUACUCAAUACUUGCACGGUCGUUAACAUUCCUAAGGAGAAACCAGUAAGCAUUGCUGGUGCAAAAAAUGCUGGUGGUGGACAUAGGCCCUGAAAUAAUGUUUUAAAAUAAGAGGAGACAUAUAUAUUUUUUAAAUUAAAUUAAGUCAAACGGUUAUUAUUUAUGUCAGGAAAAGAGAAACUUAAUAUUGAUGUUAAGACUGUGUUUAGUUGUAUUGGGAUGUAAAAGAAAUGUAAACAAGACAAGAAAUCCUUAUUUUAAGUCGUACUUGAAUUAAAAAAAAAAGUAUUUUGGGGAAAAAAUUGUUAGAAUUUUUUUUUUAUCUUACAUGUUAUUAAAUAAAAAAAACACCCCUCCACUCAAUUCUCUUUGAAUUCUAAGGUUUCCAUAAAAUCUUAAUGCUUCACCCUCCACCCUUAGAUUCCCCCCUUACGUCCUUAUCCUAAUAAUCAAUGGAAAGAUUUAUAGAUUAGCCAUGUGUGAGUUAAGCUGCCCUUUACAUGGGAUACAAGGAUACAACCAUGCAUAAUAUCUCUCCUUAAAAUCAAUUAAGUACAAAAUAAGACAAAUUCAGCAUUUGGCCGUAUCUUAGCUGCUCGGUCUGUUUCUGAUCAUGACACAAGGAAAGAUGAGCUGCAGUGUAGUCAACAGGUUGACAUGAACCUGCGCUCCACAUGCUGGGUUUCUUAUCUGGAAGUCUCUUUGGACUUGUGUAUAUAUGAUAUCUCUAGGUCAUUUGACUACACUGAGCUCUGUAACCCUCCCUUUACUGUGCUCAUCCACAUGUGUCAGAGGGGAGGAGGGGGAGGAAACCCAUAGCUCAGCAUUUUAAGUGUUUACCGUUUGUACCAAGUGGGCAGAUUUUUAUCAACGUGGCGCUGUCGGGUCCAGAGGGGGGAAAUAACACUUUUGAAUGCUCAGCCGAAUGAGCAACAAAAGCUGUGGUGUUCAAACAAAGAGACCCCGACCCAGGCAGCCGACACAGGACACAGCUGCCAGGACCGCUGCCUCCAGCUCCUGUCAGCUUCAGGCUGCACCUCUGGCUCGUAUGUUGGUCCUAAACCCAAACACCGUGAACACGUACACUUCAUCAGUUGUAAUCAAUACACUGUUGAGAGUCCUAAUGUGGAUCUCCUAUCAGGAGAUCAGUCUGAGGUUGUUUUGUGGGUCACCUACCAGAGGGAAAAGAUGCCCAGCUCAUGUUACUGACAAAUUUUAAUGCAUGAUGUUGAAUUUUUGCGAAUAUCGAACAUAUCAAUGUUUCAUAAUUCAUUUUGGCAAAUGCCAUUAUAUGCAGAAAGCAAUACUAGUAAUAUUGUGCAUCUGUACUUCAUAUUAAACCUGAAGCAUUGCCAUUAGGGCUGCAUAAUAAAAUGCUAAUUUAUUAAUUGCAUUAAGAGCAUUUGCAAAAGAAAUAUAUCCCACAAAUUAUCGCCUUAAAAUUGGGAAUUACUGCACGCAUACAGUCACUCAGCAGGAAUACUUGACCUGUUCAGAGGGGCCCAGGAAUUAUGAUCGUGCUUUCACGCCCUUUGAUGCAGUCAAAUGAAACUGUAGCUGUGACCUUACCAGCUGUGACCUCUCAUUGUUUGGCAAUAAUUCAGUAAUAGAUUAACUGCGUUUUGGAUUUAAUGCAGGCCUAGUGUCAGAUAGCUCAGUGGAUGAAACAAAUUAAGUAAACAAAGAAAAACGGAUAUUUGUGAAGGAAAGCCACAGAAAUUAAGUCCUCAUUGUAUAUUUUGAUUAAAGAUGACUGUAAAGAACUGGGUUUGAUAGCUGACAAUAUAUUAUGUCUCACGAAGACUCUUGCACAUUUUUAGACAAAUGGCAUGGUGGUUGUUGUCACUUCAUUCUAAGAUCUCUAAGAGUUCUUUAAAGUGUCUGUGUGUUUGCUUGAAUUCCCAGUCAGCUUAGUCAUAUUUUUUCUCACACUUUUUGUUGCUAGAACACGUAAAGCAGAAGAAAAACAAGACUAAGUAAAAGAAAAAAUCUGGGAACAAAAACAGAAUUGACCCAGCCUUCCUAGCGGGACACUAUUGAAGCCUUCAAAUUUCACCACUCAAUAAAGAUGAUUCUGCUAACCUGCAUCAACUUACCAUUCAAGCUGUAGUCUGAAGUAUGUCGACUGAGAUGAUUGAAGGAGACCGGAUCAAUCUUUUAUAACUUUAAAAUAAAGAAAAUAUAAGAACACAUAAUUCAAUGUAGCAUUUUAUUGUUGUAUUAAAGAAAGUAUGCUUUCUGCCCUGAGCUUCAACUUUGGUUUUAUUUUUCCACUUUGUCUGCCGCUCACAGUCUGGUUUUACACCUGUGAAACACAUGGCAGGUCGAAAAAGGAGUUCAUCUACUUACAAAUUGAGACAGAGGGAUCUAGGGCUACAGUAUUGAUUAAAUCUUCUUUUUAUUUCUUCAUAAAUCCAUAAUAAUUUGGCCUGUUAGAGAUCUAAAAAAGGUUAAAAGUUACUUUUCUAAAGCACUAAUGUUGUCUCCAAACUGUGAACAUAUCCAGAUAAAUUCAGCCCGCUUUUACAGAGACUGAAACUCAGCAAAUAUUCAGAUUUGAUAAAGCUAAAGCAAGAUGGCCAUGGGCGUUUAGUUAAAAAAUGACCCAAAUUUUCAUAAUGAUGACUUUUUUUCUACGAAACAACUUUUCUCAAGAACUUUUAAACAGUCGUGAGAAACAUGAGAAGAUCUUGAUGAACAAGAAGAAAGCCUGGAGGGGUAACUGUUGUUCUCAUGGAUGGAGUUUGCCCCUCUGUUACCUCUCCACCCACUCACCUGACAGUUUAGAAAAUCUGCUCUGAAUAACAAAUCCAGAGAGAUCCUCGGGCAGACUCUGUGUUUUCAUGGCAGCUUUUUGAUAUGAAAAGGCUUACAGAGCCUCUGACUGAGACUUUUAUCUUCUUUUCAAUAUCAGCUGUAUUCUCCAUCAUGCCCAAGGCUGACACAUACCUGAUAUUUUACAUUUUUGACUUGUAACAUCUAGUCCCAGAGCCAUUCUUGGUAAACCAAGGGAAAUAAAAUAUCGCAAAAUAUGUGGUUUAGAAAGUAGCGAGAUUGGCGCAGAUGACUUCAUUGUUUUAGGAGUGAAUUUGGAGUUAAAUGCAUAGCUGUUCUGAGCUAAUUUCAGAAAUGUCGUUUUGAAUGUUAUGGCUCCAGUUUUGGUUGAUUGUAGUCAUGCUAGACUCUGAGGGGCUGCAAAAUCUGCAACAAUAUUUUGGCAAUUAUCCUCAAGGACUCUGGAACAGACAUGGUCCACUGGGCUUCAGUUUGUUUUCCCUUGUAGUGUACUUUUCAAAUGCAGAUACAUGUAAUGAAACUGUGAACAAAAUUUAAAUAUAUAAAAAUCAGACACGCUCUUUAACUGAUUUUUAAAGGUAAGAGAACAGAAAAGUAUCUAAACAUAUCCUAAUGUUUCACAGUGUAUCAAUGGAAAUAUUUAACAAUGUCCAGCUCUCAGAGUCCAAAAUGCUCCCUUGCUCACCCCAGUUGUUGGAGAAGUUUAAAAAAUUUUUUUCUUUGAGGAUUUAUGUGGAGCUUAAUAGGUUUUACCCCCAUUUAUUAAGUUUUUACCAUCAAAAAUGUCCAGUAUAAACAACAACCACUUGCCUUUUUUUAUGUGUCUUUCAGUCGGUGCAUGUCGGGCAGCAUCUCAUUGACUCUAAAAUCAUUCAUGGUUGUUAAUAGCUGUGUAAAAUGCAAAAACCCUUUGGUAGUUUUAUCUUUGUGUGCUUGAAGUGGUAUUUGUGAUCAUUUUGAUGUACUUCUUUGGAGCACCAGCAUCCCCAAGUGCUUCAUAUUCCUAAAGUCUGUACAAAUUUAGAACUUUGUAAACUAAAUGUUAUAACCCCAGUGUUACUUUUAAAAGCUUUUGUUAGGGACUUUUUGCUUGUGUGGAUUUGGGGCCCUCUGUGGACAAAGCUCUCUUUGCUUAUUGUGUUUUUCAGUCCCACUCUCUGCUGCCUGGCUCUUGUCAAAAGUUAGAAUUAACAAAUAACACGAUAUCAGAUUUUAAAAAUGAAUUUGAGACAACAUGGCAAGAAAAACAAAAGUCCUUGCUUUCUAAUACAAAACAAUGGGGGCUCAGGAUGUGAUCACUUCAAUUUUAAAGUGAUUUAAACUGGAUUAUUGGAACAAAAUCUUGGGCGGUUUAUAGUUGGAGGUCUACUUUGAAAGGAUUGAUUUAUAUUAAUCUAGAUUAGAUUAGAUUGCACCACAGAGCAGCUUGCCUCUCUUGCAUAAAUGGGAGCUGUUGGUACAUGCAAGUGUUUGAUGUCGAUCUGCCCUUGUGCAAGGAAGGCUCCCAAGCAGAAUUUCAACAGUAUGUGCAAUUCUGAGGUUGACAGUUUUUGAAAACCACAUGGAUCAGUCACAGAUCAUUCCACAGAUCAAUUUAUUAAUUGAAAAAGUUUUUAAGUAUUUCCUUUGUGACUAACCCCCCCAUUUUUGUUUCUGCUCUGUUUUCAGGACCGGAAUCGGCCCUUCGAUGCUUUUAGCUUGCACUCUUUGGAGAAUUCCUUAAUGGAUAUGAUAAGGACUGACCAUGACAAAGGUAAACCACACCCUGCCGGUGGCCCACCAAUGACUAUCGCUGAUAUUAUAUGGAGGAAUCAUUUUGCAGGUUAGGAAUAUUCAUACGUCCAUGCUUACAGUAUUUGGGUUAUUAUUGUCCUUUAUUUUGCUUCAUGGGCAUUGAUCAUCUCUGGGUACUUUUUGUUCUAUUUGCUAAUCAAUGAACCAAUCUGAUGUGAAUGGUCAUAUUCAUUUUGAAAUCCUAAAAAAUCAAUUAAUAUUAUGAGCCUUACCUGCAAAAUCACACAUGAUUUUUGUCUGUCUGUCGUUGUUUGGUGGAGCAGACACACAGCAGUUUGCACUCAUGUAAUCUUUACAUACGAACUGCUUUUUCUUUUUCCAUCCUUUGCUUGUUCACUCUCAUUGGGAUCAGUUAAACAUAUGUUCAUGCCACAUGACAUGUGUUUGUUCAGAGUUUGUUGUGACCAUAAAUAACAGAUGAAUUUAGAUCUAAUUGUAAUGUACAUCCUGUGUGACAACUUCGGUAAAAGAGAAAAAAAGAAAAAAGAAAGCAAGGUGUUGAAAGACAAGUUAUAGCAAGGACAAGUUAUCAGUUUACUCAUGGUCAUCCUCAGGCAGCUCAGCUAGCAGCCCCUUAUUGGCCAUUAUAUGAUUACCAAAGUGCACGGGACGAAGAGAGUUUUGGACAAAGAGGUCAUAAAGAUAGCCUACUGAUUGUAGCUGCACGGUUAAGUUCAAGCUCAUGUCUACGCUUGGUUUGUGCUGACAGCAAAGGAAGUGGGUGUGUUUACAGGUAGCACAGUGAUGGUGAUCUCGAAGGAUCAGGAAUUCUUAAAAUGGUUUCAGUUUGAAGGAUUUUAGUAGCAACUCAGCUAGCAGCCUCCCCAAAACUUACCCUUUGCCCUCUCAAGAAGAAAAGCGCUUCUCCAGUGUUUUACAGUUUUUUUUUUGCAUCUUGGAGAGGAGGUCUUUUGAGAUUAUACUUCUGAUAAAAACAUAAUGAAAAACAACAACGAUCAUUAAAGGUUCUUAUCCCAAAAACAACCAAGCUCCUAGUAACAAGCCGAGCUGAGUUUAGAGACAGCUCUACUUGCAGCUUAUCUGGACAUGCUGUGCCAGGACAACAAACGAGGAAAAACAAUGAUAUUUCUAAAAGACAGAACUGCUGUAUUUUCUCUUCUUUACCUCAGACCCUUAAUGCCUGAAACCACAAAUUAUGGCCAGAAAAUCCUUUUUAUUUUAUUUUUUUCUUGGGAGCUGAAAUGUCUAUUUCACUUAUUACUGAAAACCAAAAAAUCAAAAUGUCCUGAAAAUGUAACAAAUAUAUUUAUCUUGUUUGAUGCAUUAGAUGUUUUUGGAAACUGAUAAACCACAAGAGGACAUUUUUAUAAUUUAUCGGACUGUAUUCAGGUGUUUUUUAGUAAUUUGUUGAUCAUAUUGAUUUGAUGGAAGUAUCAUAAAAGUAUGUAUCAAAUAUGAUACAAAAGGCAAUAAAGGGUUAAUUUUCAAAAUACAAAGGUUUUCAGGUCUAUAUCUUAACCAUAACCAUCUUAUUUGAAUAGUGAAACACAUAUUGAUCAUAUUUUUUUACUUUUUUAAGAUGUGUGAUUGUGGGUUUAUGCAGUACAUGUUGUGACUGAAUACCAUGUCUUUGCUUCAUGAAAUGUAGAUUUACUCUAAAAUAAAUGAACACCAGUCUGUUUUAUCUCCUGGACAGAAUAGAGAGAUAAUAAAAUCAUACAACAACGUGAAGAUGUCUCUCUUCACACCCUUUUAAGGCCAUCCAAUGUAUGUCAGGCCUUCUAAGCUAAUAUUUUUGUAGCAAAGGUCACGUGCCUGCUGUAAAAACUUAGGAUCCUGUCUCCCUUUUGGGGCCCUGUCAGGUUGGGUGUCGGUUUUAUAUUCUCCCCCCCCCCGUCCUCCUAUCUUUACAAUGGAAAGAUUGGUGGGAGGGGUCUGUAAUGAGCAGAGCAUGUCACUUUCUCGCUCAUGGAGUCUGUUUUUUAAGUCAUGUGUUGACAGAGUGUUACAGCAACCUCUGUCCCGCCUGGCUUCACUGGAAAGGUGUGGUGACAUCCUGCAGGGCUUUCCUGGGGAUUGUUUAUUAAAUUAAAGGAGCAGAGAUGGAGGAGAUACAAGGUGAUACACAAGUCGGCUCCUAAUUGGGAAAAGGUGUAUGUUCCUUCCCUGUCUUUCCCUUAGAUUACCCACCUCACCCUCAUGUAGACAGUGUGGGGCUUCUGUAAACUGCACUGCAAACCACUGAGCAUGAGCACCUACUUGCUGUUUGAGACAUGCCCGCUCUACUGAAAUAAUCUAUUAGAAAAACAUGGCUGUCUUUGCUUUUGACAUCUCAGGACUCGGGAGAUCAUUACUUAUUACCUCACUCUAUUCCUGUAUAGGGAACAUGUUGUCCCCCUCGAUGCCACGUAUUUAGGUUUUUUGACAGUUUGAUUCAAUGUUGAACUUUAGUCAGCUUGUUAGCUGCAGUUUGUGGCAGCUCAGCUCACAACCCUCAAAGCCAUGUUGGGACAUCCAUUUGCUUUAUAUGGUAAUAAUACUAGUUAUUUUAUUUGUUCUGGAGAAAAGGAGUACUCUUCAAAUAAUUUACAGGAACACAAUCCACAUUGAAAACCUCAUUUUAGAUGACCUCUUAGGAAACCAGACCAAGCAGAAGAAGUGCUCUGGAUUGUGUAAUUCUUGCAUUUUUAUCAUAGUGUUUUCCCUUUAGCAAACUUAACACCUGUAAAUUCUCAGUACAUCGCAGGAAAAUGUUUUUUUUUCAGGCUCAUUCUGUUUGUAUGAAUUGAAUGACGUGUUUCUGCAUCUAUUGUUGAAGUGAGACCUGCUGGUACUUUAAAAAAAAUAGAACAGGGGAUGUAAUGGACUGAGAAAUUACAGCAUGUCUGUUGCAGAUGUAAACAUAACUAAGAGAAAGAAGUCUUGACUCAAGGUUGUUUUUGUUUUUGUAGGAUUACUGAAAAGUUGGCAGCCUUCCCAGAAAAAGUGGUAUAUAUAUCCAGUCUCAUUGUCAGACAGUGAUGGAUGAGGAUUUCUAAUGAGUUCUGGGAUUUAGCAUCUGACGUCAAGUAUUUGUCCAUGAUCACUGGAGAUCAUUAUUAUCAACUUUUUGAGUGAAAACACUCUUUUUAGGUGUUUAACAUCACACCAUUCUCAACGUUGGUCCCUCUUUGUUUUGUGUACAAUAACCUGAAAAAACAAAAGAGGAAUUCUAUUGUUAUAAUUUAAGUAGACUCAAACAUAUCAGCACGACAGAACACUGAAUUUCAUGUGGAACUUUAUUACAAACACUAUUUUAGGUGUAAUGUAUCAGUGAAAAGGUAGUAUGCGAGUUAAAAUCCUGACAAGGUGAGCAAGACCCAACACAAAAUUCUCCACAGCAGAACAACAUGUCAGAGCUCCUUUCCAGGGAUUGAUUUAACAUGACUUUAUCAAAACAUUUACAGUAAAACCCAGCCCACUUUUCUCUUAUAGAAGAUCUCAAUCAAUCAAAAUCCAUGCCAUGUUUUAACUGUUUUUUCUUUUCUAUAAGCAGAAAGCAUUCAUAGUUGAAAUUAAAAUUUCACUGCUGCCUUGUCACGGCAGCCAGGAAUCCAGCUUCAGCGUUUCUUGUGUUAUCUACUGUCAACACAGGCUUGAUAUUUGUCUAAUUGUUGGUAAUUCGCUCACCUGUUGCUCAUAGAAAUACUUUUGUUCACUUCAGCCUCAUUGUUCGGUUAGCUAAGGUUAGUAAACAGCUCUGCAAUUUGGACAGCAAUAUCUUAGUUUGGCAUGUUCGUUUUCCCAGAACAUGAAAAUAAGGAUAUUUUAAAAAAGUAGUAAGUUAUGACCUCAGUGAAUCAGUCCAUAUCCGCUAACUCUCAGCAAAGUCACCUGUGACUCAGCUUUCGCAAAUUAAAGUCUGACAGGUCCUGACAGGCUUGACACAAUGACUGGUGGGAAAAAAAGUGUCCAACUCACUUGUGUUUUCUGUUCUAUCACUGCUUUUUUAGCAAAGGGGAAGAGUUUAAUACUUUUGAUAUUUAUAAAUCUGUCUUUGCCACCUUCUUCGAUGACAUGUAGGCGGUUGAGAGCGAGUGGGAAGCAGGGGCUGAAGGAGGAGGCAGAGAGAAGGGGUGAGCAAUAAGAGAGAUCUAUAAAUCAUUUAAAUAUAGUAAUUCAACUGUGCUAUUUCAAUUUUUAAGGAAAUAUUCAGGGAUAUUUUACAGGAAAUGUUUCAGUUAAGGUUCACAGUAUGACUAACUUAAACAGCAGAGUAUAAUUUCUUAAAAAUUCAAUAAAGUCAAGUAUUUAACACAUUUUGGUUAUUACAAAGCAAAUGCCCCAAAAAAAUAUCCAAAUUUUAGUCAAGUUAGAGUCCUGGUUCAGAUGUUAAUUUCCUGCACACUCAGCCUUGUCUUUUUAUUGUUGGGUGCUAACUUUAACAGAUGUAAAUCAGUCACACUAAUGUGAAAUGAUAAUGGAGCUAACAUGUUUUUAAAGUUUUUUAUCUCUUCUACAAGCUGUGAAGUAAGUCAUUUUGAGGAUAGAUAUUAACAAGCCGCUGUCUGAGGACCACCAGUCAAAACUAAUUAACACAGUCGGCCCAGUUUUACAUUCCCAACUGAGCGCGUCCCACCCACAUCCAUCCCUUCACAGACAUGUCUGGCAUACUUCUCAUUGUGACCAGAAUAGCUGUUUUAUGAGUCCUUGUUUGAAUGUGUGAAUGUGUUCCUUCAACAAGGAGAAGCAGUUUUUAGUGUGAUACCGACUGGAACCUCUGGGUCCUCUGAAAGAGGUGUGUGGUGACCUUACUCACGCUCAAUUUCCUCAGAGAAGGGAGAGGUUGUGAUUCAGCCUGCCCAAGAAGGGGUCUGAGUAAAAAAGACUUUCUGAGAGGGGGACACUUCAUUUUUGUCCAAAGUUUGUGAAAGUUUUUGUCCGGACAAACAGGUCUGUUCUGGUCUGCAUGCAACUCCUGAUCUGGGUCAGCUGAGCUCACAAGUAAGAGAGCCAGGAACCCGUUCACGAAAACACAAAUACACCAGAGAUUCUCCCCUUUGGCCUGGAAAAACACCGCCAGUUUGACAACAGCCGACCCUGCUGCUGCCAAUACCAUCACACACACACACACACACACACACACACACACACACACACACACACACACACACACACACACACACACACACACACGUAAAUCAACUGUGACAUUCCAUGCAAGGAUUCUCACCUCACACACUCAUGUUGUCAUGACAGUUUUAAAAGUCAGUUUUACAGUUUUAAUGCUGUCUGUAACAGCCUAUACUUUAACUACACACUUACACAAUCGCAGUCCCCAUGGCGUAUUUUAGAAAGGUAUAAGAUGUGUGUCUCUGUUGUGGUCAGACUUGAUUGAACUAAAGCUUCAGUUAUGAUUUGCAACGUGGAAACUCUUAUGUUGAGGUCAGGCUACACGUAACAAAUUAGCUCAAUUCCUGUCACUAUCCUUUUGUUUUACUUAUUCUGUACCUUCUAAUUGUUUAGGAUGACAUCGGUAAUACGCCAGUAAAUUAGUCAUCCUUCUGUUGGAUUGCGUCGUAUCAAUGGCGAUGAAGUUGUCCUGGUCUCUGUACAGUUUUUAAACACUAUAUUGUAGAUUCCAACAUAAACAUUGUUCCUGAAAAAGAAGCCAUAAACAAAAAGACAAUUUGUUUAAGCGACUGUUUCUCAUUUUCAAUAGUUUCUGUGAUAUUCAAACAUCUGUCAGCAGGAUUACAUAUUUAAGAAAAGUCUGACUAAAAAUGGACUUUAAAAGAACGUGUUAUAUUACUAAACCGAACUAAAUCUGACUAACAUACAAAGAUGAUCCGGUUAGGGAUUGAUUUUUCUCUUCCAUGUAUACGGCUCAAUCAGAUCAAAACUGGUCUAAGCGUUCAGCAAAAGCUCAUGUUCACACAGCAAGCUUUAAGCAGGAAGUUCAAUAGCGCAGAUGUGCCGCUAGGAUAUACAAAAACUUGACAGAGGACGAAAGCAUGUAAAAAAAGACAAAACCUUCCUUUUGUAUAAACAAACGUUUCAGAGCUAUGAAAGUAACAGCUUCAUCGUUUGACGUACAUCCUGCUAGCCUCUUGUUUACGCAUUGUGUCGACUGUUUUAAGACGUAAUAGAUCAACCAGGAGACGACCCAAUAGUUACAAACGAAAAAGGGCCACUUAUCGCCACUUAUCAUAUCAAAGGCUAGCAUACCGUUGUUUGUGCAAUCAAAAUGACUAAAAUGGUACUUGACUUAACUGUGCGUAAAUACGUGUCAACCUGAAUGUGGCUGAAAACUUACAUUGGCUAAUAUGACCGAUCUCACCCUUGAUUCAAACAACCUUUUCUUCGUAGCUGUUUAUCAAUCAUGCAGCUGUGAAAUGACCACAACUUGUCAAAUAUCUACAUUUAUAUGACUCUUCAGACAGGUUUAUGUGUCAUUUAUGGUUUGAUUGUCAGGCUAGUUUAGUUAGUUGUAUGUUUGUGAAUCAGUGAUCACAAAAGUUGCGAUAAAUUUGUUCAACUCCUCUGGGGUUGUUUGGGGGCUAAGCCAAAGAUUGAGUUGAUGAAGAUCUUUUUAGGAUAGAGCUUUGCUAAAAAUGAAUUGACAGCUCAGUAUGAUCCAAAGGACGUGUGACACAAUACAAAAUCUCACCACCCAGACUCAGUAACUUUAAUGACUUUUUUGUCUGUUUUGUUUCUGUGCACCCACCAACAGACAGUUUUCUGUCCAUUUUGUUCGUCUGUGAUGUAUGGAGUUUGUUCUUGGUGUGACAGAAGGUGUCAGCUCUAACUGGAGUCAGUAGUCAAGGGAUGGCAAACACUGGUGCUGUUUGACUUUGUGUGCUUGUUGACAGAAGCAUCGGUCAGUGGAUAAGAGCUGACACACACACAGAAGCUUUUAUCAGGAGGAAAACAAGAGUUACAAGUGCAGCACAGGUCAGGUUAGUUAACUUACAAUAAGUGUGGCAGGGUGUUUUGGUGAUUUUGCUCCUCCUCACCCAGUGAAGCUGUUAGGUUAUAGCCUCUUGUGAACAAAAAAGUAUAAUUUAGUAAUAGUUUGUCGUUAAAAUUUAGCUUCUUGUCUCUGUCGUAAAAAAUCGUGGUUGUUUGAAGAAAGUGAAUUUGUACUAUGUGGAGAAUUUUUUUUAGAUGGGGCUCGCCCAGCUGUACCAGAGGUGAAAGGUCAAUGUUUCAAACACUCUUCCUGUGCUGAAGUUUGGCCCAUGAGCUGGAUUUGACCUCUUGACUUUUCAUCCCUUGUUUCAAACACUCAAGAUGAUCUCAGUACCAAAGGGAUGCCCUGAACUUUAAACAGCCUGUAAUGACUGUGCAGAGAUAAGAUGACGUGUUAAAGGUUGAAUUUUAGCACCUUGCUUCCAAUAAACAGCACUGUCAAAGUGUUUUGUUAUGGUGGAAAAUUCAUGACUCUUACAAGCAUGACUGAGCUAAUCCAGUCCAGGCAACCAAACAAGCCUGGGCUUGUUUUUGUCUUAUUAAAAUCCUGGCUUUUACAGAUUUUAGAGAGCCAUGAAAUAUUAUUGAGAGCAUUAAAAUCACUGCCAAGCUGUGCAUCAGGCUUAACUGGAUUGUGGAAAUCCUCUAUUAUUAUAUGAAAGGCAUUUAAUAGUUUUGUGAUUGUGAAAUAAUAAGUAACAGUGGGUGGUUGGCACCAAUGGGGAUUUACUUGCAGAAAUAUGCUAAAACAAUCUAUGAUGAUAUUUUUUAAUAGUUUUAACUUUUGACCCUGUUGUAACCUUUCUGUCAGGGUCAUCGAGUUUGAAAGGGAAGAUACGAAAAGUCCUCAGGUUUUCUCAGAAGCUUUUAUCUCAAGCUUUCCACCCUUUUUAUGCCAAACACUUCCCCUGAGCGGGUUUCUUAUCUUGUUUUUUUCUCUCUUUUAUGCCUGUGCAGGGUUGGUAAUUGAAGUUGUUUGUUGUUGGCAGUAGUCAGCAGAAACUUAUUCAGACCUUUGCGGCUCCCUGCUGCUUAGGUGUUUCUUUUUCAUCAGCACUAACAUUUCUGCACCUUGCUGUUGGCACACCCAACCUCCUCUCAAGACUCGUGAUGGUGCUUUCUUUCAGAGGCGUUACUGGGGGCUUCAGCAUGUGCUAUAAUGUGGAACAAAGGGAGGAGGUGGGAUGCAGUCAGUGGUGAUCAACUGCAUGUGAAGAUUCGGUGAAAAUGUAACUCCUUAGGAGCUGGAGACAAAGUCUUAGAUUGUUAUUUGUUAUUGAUCAAAGGUCUCUUGCCUUUGCUAUCAUUGGAGAGUAUCUGUGGUGAUAGAUAAGUAGCUGAUUGGUACCAAUGACUCAGUAAUGUUUUUGGCUUUUGAUCAACACUAAGAUAAGGAUUUUUCAAAGCAACACAUUUUGUUGUUGAUCAAACAUGAAUUAAAGGGAUAUUCCAGCGUAAAAUUAAUUCAGGGUCAAACACAGUGUAACACCGAGUCAGACACCCCCUCAAGAGAUAAAUGUUGCUGACUGCUUGCUUCUCUAGUUAUACCAACUUUAGUAACCACCGCACGAUAGCAAUAAACAGCGGUCUACGGAACCACACACAAACCUCAACCAAAAUGCCACUCUAUAGCCACAAAUAAUGCUCAGAACAGCACCUAACUUCAUCAACAGUACAUAUAGGGUCCCAGCCAUAGUACUAGCCACCAAACAUCUUUUUAGCUCUGCCUGAUUUCUUUAGCAAAGAGACUAAACACAACUCACCCACUCUCUUCCAGCAACCGCUUGUUUGUAGCGAGACCUCAGGCCAGUCUAUUACGGCCUACAGCGGGGUGACGCAGCUCAUGGAAGAAUGUUUAUUAUCAUUAUUUUAUCAUUCCCUUGAAGUAAUAAUCAUCAUAUUAAUCAUUUUGCUCCACAGACGCGGUAGUUCUUCUGCCUUAACGUCUCGGUCUGAUUUGAAUAUCCCUUUGAAAUUCCUGUUGACCAAUGAAAGUCUUAAGUUGAGAAAGUACUCAAAGAACAGUUAUCAUUGUGUUCAUGCGUUUUUCUGCAUUUUGUAAUUCACACUCAGUAAGUAGAAGUGAAGACACAUUUAUUACAAAAUGACCAGUGAAAGCACCUCAAUGUGGAAAUGCGUAUUCUGGAAUUCCAGACUCAAGUUUAAAAUAGUUAUUUUUCUUUAUCACGUUUCAUUAUGAAAGAUCUCUUAAAAAUAGAGUCAAACCUUGUCCUGUUUCUGUGAACCCAAUCUCGUGUCUCAUCUUGUCUCAUGAGCUGGGUGUCACAUCACACCCCGAGGAUGAUGAAAUUUGCAUGAUACUCUCAUGUUUAUGAAUACAUUAGGUAUGAAAAAGUUGUGCCACCCCAGUGAAAGACAUUUGAACACACUUAAACUUCACACUUCCCCACAUAUGACUAAUGCGGAGAAAUCUCAUAGUUAAGCUGGAACUGAAAUUGAAACCCACUGGUUGGGUCUGCACAAUCCUUCACCUACUCUUCCUCACAAAGUUGAAAGUGCAGAUGAAUUUCAUGCAAGUAGAGGAUGCGGUAUGGCUGGAUUUGUGUCUAAGGUAGUGGCCCAUCAUAGGAAGGUUGAAUUUAGCUCGGUGAGGAAAUGUCACCAGUGGAGCGGUGACAAACUCGGGGGGCCCUCAGGCUUUGCUACUCGACUCCUGAGAGGAGCAGAUGGCACAGGUCCAGAUCUAUUUCAAGUCUUUGGGAGGGCAACUGUCCCUCUCGUUCACCCAAAAUGACUCAUGUAGCUGGACGGUGUUUGUUGCGACUUUUGCCCUCCUAUCAGCAAGUCUUACCAAACUGGGCACCAGUCAACCUCAAGCAGCUGGAAGCAACAGGAAAGUUAAUUCAGACUCAGUGAAUUUAACCGGGAAGUGUUCAGCUCUGUUUAUUAUCAUACAAACAGACAUAAUGUAGUCUGAUUGUUCAUAUGAAUCAUAAAGGGAUGUGUCUCAACUACACAAAUGAUCAGGCUGUCAGUUUGUGAACAGAAUAAGGGACUCAGUCAAGAACACCUUGUCCAGUCAGACAUCUGGCUUGAAACCCUGUUAUAUGCUGGGAAGCCUUACAAAUAGACCACCCACACGUUUACCAAUAGAUACACAUGAUCUUCGUAGGGCUCUUGAACUUAGAACCAAAGCCUGGUCUGACGAUGAGGUGGCAGACCGGUGGGUUGAUAGCAGAGUUGAAAAAAACUCAGAGCACAGAGAUUACUCAUGAUGUCCAUCUGAUGUUUCGGGUGUCAGUAAAGUCUUUUUCUUUUCGAUAUAUUGAGUUGAGAAAUGUGUCACCGAGUUAUGUCAACAUGUUGAGACAAACAUGUGUGAAGGUAUGGGCUUGUCACACUUGUUUUGCCCCAGAGGACUCUGACUGAAUGGGAAAAUUGUGCAAAUCUACAUCUGCAGAGCUGCAGGGAAGCCGCCCCCUUUCCUCCCCCAUACCCCCUAUAUCUCUGUUUUUUUUUUUUUUUUUUUUUUUUCAACCAGCUCUAACUUAGGUUUGCCAAGUCUGCAUGUAAAUAGAUACGGUGGGCUUACUAAUAGUCACAAUCUGCAUUUUUCUCCUUAAAUUUAAAAGUAAAAUGGUUUCUCUCAAUGCCUCACUCUCUGCAGUAAAGGUUAUGUUUAGUAUUCAACCAUACAAAAUCCCAGGUAUUCAAAACCAAAAAAUUAAGCACAUUUCUUUUCUGUUUUCUAGGAAAAACCUAUAAAUUCUUGUUAAUAUAAGCCACAUUUAUUUGACAAUCCAGAUAAUUUUACCAGCAACAAUUUAAAUUCAAGUUGUUUAUAACAGUUUAUAUAAUCCACCAUUUUAGCAGAACGGACUUGUUGUUUGUUGAAAUAAGAUUACUGUCUUAACCAGGAACUGUUGCUUACACCAUAAGCAGAAUAUUUUAUGCAUUGUCAGCAGUUCAGGUCUUAUUUUUCCUCAUAUAAUCUUGAGUAGGAUUUUUAUUGGUUCUUUUUAGAGGAAGAUGAAUAAAUUUUUAUAAUUUGUUUAACUGGUAAGAAAAAAGAUACUGUUGAUUUUGAGUUUUUGCAGCACAGUUUUGCCUUUUUGGCAGCUUCCUUGCCACAUUAAAAGCUGUCUCUUUCCACAAGACUUCUAAAAAGUGUAAGCAUGAAUAUUUUUUAGACUUUAAAGCUGUGGAUUAAAGUAAAAGUUAAGUAUUCAAUUUCAAACAAAUGUGUCUUGUAAUAAGUUUAGUGAGAUUUUUUUCCCCCCUUGAAAUAAGACAGUCAACUUAGUUGGUUUUGAAUUUAUUGCAGUUCAGUUUUGUCUACUUAGCCACUUUCUUGCUAGAUUGAGUAACAUUUCUCUCUGUGUGUGUGUGACUCCUGGAAAGCAUAAACCUGCAAAUUUUCAGCUUUUUAGUUGGAUUUUGAAGCUGCAGACUGAAUUACAGUUGUCAAAGUCGUUUGGUUGACGCUCCAGUGAGCCAUGGUUUCGACAACUCAGGGGCAGAGGAGCCAUGCCAAUCUGUUUUUCUCUUAUUUCCUACGAACAGACACUUUAACACAGAUUUGAAUAUUUUUGUUAAUUCACAACCAUAAUUUACAAUAUAAUGGAGAGGCAGUGUGUUUUGGUGUUAGCAGCUGCUCAGACCUGGCUUGCUCUAAAAAAAACAAAAAACUCCACCAGUACUAGUCUCUCUUCUGCCGUUGAUGUGGGCAAAGUUAUUAUAUGAGAUCCCUCCCCUUCUUGAUUUGAUUGACCAAUGAGGGAGAAGUGACACUGAUAAGUGUGGCAGCAUUUCCAGAAAGAUAAAAUAUCUCAAACUGAUUGCACUGUAAGCAGAGGAAGCACUAAGGAUUGUUUUUUGCUUUAACAUCUAAAAUCUAAACUGUAAGGGUUUUUUGUAGAAUUAGGCACUUUCAACACAAGUGCACUCAGUGGACACAGGCCCUUAUAUCUUGAAUGGUUUGUUUUGAUUGCAUCCUCUCUUUUUUAUCAGAUAGCUGCUUUUCUAGGCUCGAUUUUACUGACCUAUUUUUUUGUUUCAACCACAAGCUCUGGCGACACUGAUCUAUCUGCCAGCCCAACAUUUGUUCUCAUGUCAGGAAGAGGCCCCCUUCGCUGUCACCUCUAUCCGUCUUCUGUGGUCACAUUUGAAAGUUUUGACAUGACUUUUUUGUUUGCUCCAUGGCAGCUUGCAACAUGCAGCCGUUUGGUGUCUCAAAGUCCAUGUUUCAUGUCCGUACACAUGUAAUGAAGCAAGACGCAUGACGCAGUGACUGAGGUGGCACACAGUGUUAAUAAGAAAUGGGAAUACAAAGGCCUUGUGUCAUGAAAUCUACAGGUUGUUUGCCAAAACCCAAAGUGUGUCUGAGGGUAAAGGUUUCCUCACCUCCUGUCUCCGUGAAUUGACUCUCGGUUGGCUGUUUGUCUGCGAUUAGCUGAGUAAGAAAGCUGGUGUAGGCGGAUUUUGACAGAAAGCCCUAAUUUGAGGUGGUUGAGGAUAAAGGGCGUGCCUCUGUGGUUAUCUCUGCAAACAAUGUUGACACUGAGACAGUAACGCUUUGCAUUAAAGCAGGUCUGCCUUGGUUUGAGUAUUUUGUUUUAGCAUGAAUGUAUAUAGCAUGGAGAAAGCGAGGAAGCUGACUGUCUAUGAAAGCACUGGCAGAUGGGCUCUUGUUGCUUGCACACGUCAUCCCCUGCAGAACACACGCUCUGAUGAAUUCCUAAAGCUGCCUUUGUUUUCUUUAUGUGUUUGUUUGCACAUGAGAUAUAGGCCAACAAAGGAAUGCCACCUCUUUUUCACAUCUGUUCUCUCUGGUCGUCCUUCUGGUGUUUAUUCAUUUCAUCAAAAACAUUGCAUCAUUGCUGGUAUUUAUCAUUCCCAAAUGUAGAGUAGCACAUUUAGAGAAUAAUAUGUAGAAAUCUGUGACUUUUAUCAGUGAUUUCCAUGCUUUCCCUCUUUUGUGAAAUCUUUUUAUUUUUUUCUUCUACAGGACGUAUGGGCCUCAACUUCCACCACCCUGGAGCUGACCACAUAAUGCCAUUAAACAGUGAGUUAUGUUUUAUUGUAUCAAGGAAUUAAUCUGUAUUGUUUUAGUUUUAUUGGUGGACUUUUAGUGCUGCCACUGUUUUUGUUCGGUGUAUAAAUGUAAAAUUUAAAGAGGGUUAAGGUGUGGUUUAACCUUAACUGGCACAUUUUUUGAGUGGAAGUGGUUUUGAGGUUCAAAAGUGUUUCUCAGAAGGGGUUUUCUCGCUUUUCCAUCAGGGAAAAACCUGAUCACAGAUCUGCUUCAAGUGUUUUUAGAACAAACAAGCUGAGAUCGUUACAUGGCCCCAAAUCAGGAAUAAGUCUGCACGCUAUGUGCUAAACUGAGUUCAACAAAGAUGCAGAUUUUGAAUUUGACAUGUUUAAUAAAAGUUGGGACAUAGACAACUGAACUCUGAAAAAGUUGUGUAAGGCACCACCUGUACAAACGUCUCCCAACUAAUCAGGAUAAUCUGCAAAAAGUUGAUAAUGACAGGGUGUAAAAGUGCUCCCCAGAGAGGCUGGUUAGGAGAGGUUCACCACCUAGCGAGAGACUAGGUGAGCACAAAGUUCAGCUAUUUAAUAUGUUACUCAGUUGAAAAACACAAAGUAUACUUUUUUAAAUCAUCUACUGUAAAUUAUAUCAUUUAACAAAUCUGAGAAUGUGUAAAAAUCUUUGUACAAAUCAGACAAGACCAAAAACCAGUACUGGAGGGACAUCGUGUUUGGUCACACUCCAUUGAGAACAGACAUAACACUGUAGUAGGAAUCACAACAUGUGCUCAAAAUGACUUCCAAAAACCAUGGUCUGUGAACACAGUGUGUUGCUGCAUCCAAGAAUGCAAGUUUGAACUGUACCAUGUAAAAGAGAAAACAAACAUCCAGAAAUCCAUCCAUUUGUGCUGGGCAAUACAGGUUUUAAAGCCACAAACGCUGCCUGUUUAGGGGAAGAACUGACUCAUUUCAGCAACAAAGUGCAGAACCAACUCAUUUGAUUUGUUGUCUUUACAUUAUAUUUAUUAAAAAAUGUCUUUAAAUGAUUUGCAAACCAUUAAAUGUUUUUGUAGAUAUUUAUACAGCAAAUUUCCCAGAUAUACAAAGUGUAUCAAAAAACUGUGAAUCAGACCAAAAUAAUGUUUUUAUGAGGCUGUAAACAUGUUUAUUUUUGUUGUAAGAUUUGGUAUUCUAACACGGGUGUUAAUGAGGUUUUAUUGGCUUAUGGAGCCAGCUUAAAGUGGACACUGGUUUACACGUCUGUUUGUUUUUUUCAACUGUGGGGGCUGCUGCUUGAUCCUAUCUCCAACUUUUUCUCCCUGUAAGUCAAUGAAGAACCGAAAAAUGUAAGAAGAGAAGCCAAAUUUAAACAAACAGGAAUUCUCUAUUUGAAACCUUGAGUGUUUUAACGCUGUGUUAGCUUGAAACACAAACACCCCACAAAGACCAAAGAGUCCAAUGACAGCAUGCCCUGGGAGCACCUGCCUACCCUUUGCUUACGUCUGGAUUCCCUGACACCAUAAACCUCAGUUAGACUUCUCUGAAUUCAAGGAAGCACAGAUGACCUGUGAAUAGCAUUUCCAAAAAUACUCCCCCUCCCCAAAGUGUCCCCCAGCCGGCAGAUGACCAACAGUGACAGGAGUGAAUCAGGUCUUAAUCUCAUAUGCUGCUACAUAAAUACCACACAGACUGCAAAAGCCAGGCACUGCAGACUGUUGUGAUCGGGUCUUACAUUUCCUCCUCCUUUUUAUUAUGAUUUCUUGUAUCUUUAGAGGCAGUAUCAUUCUCCAUCUUUUUCUACAAAUCUCAGCAAAAUAUAAAACAUGUCUUGACCAGCCUCUGAUCAAAGACAAACCAAAAAAGCCCUGUUUCCCUCUUUGGACAUGUUCAGUUGGCCUGCAGGGUAAAUGAAACCGGUAAAAGCAGAUAGGCUUUCUUAGUUUAGCACUUUCUUGCCGUCACAUCUUGACAACACCAACAUGCUCCUUUCUCAUUUUGUUCCUCUCAUCAACCGUUUCCUCGGAGAAUGUGUCCCGGACUGAUGUUAAACAGUUGUGUCAUGGGAUUACGCUCAGGCAAGCACAGAUCUGCCCAGAUCUUCUAAGACUGUCAGAACUGGCUCUCUCUCGGCUGCAGCCUGUGAUGUGUGCAGACAGAGGAAGCUUUGGUUUCAACUUUAAAGUGCUUUCGUCGGUGUUUCUACUUCAUUUCGUCCCAUUAGCUCUGAGGCAUCAUGCUGAGAAGGCUCCACUUUCUCCGGAUGGCAGAAGAAAAGGAUGGAGAGUAGCGAGUGUAGGUCCUCUUUCUGGAUUUAUCGCUGUUGUUCAUUUGACAGCGUAGUGGAAGUGUCUGAAACUUUAAAGCAGAGCAAGGCAGGAGACUUCAAACUCAUCAUGCUCAGAGGAAUCACAGCUUUCAUUUCUGACAUUUUUUUUUCUCUUUCCCAGACACCACACAAUUUGAAGUUAGUACUUUUGCUUAACCCUAACCUUUCUGUUUUCUUCCCUCCUUCAAUGGAUGUAAGUGGUCUCCCAGCGCUAAGUUUUCUUCAUUUCACCCCUGGUUGCUGGGUGACUCUGCCAAAGCCAGACAGCAAGAGGGCAAAGCUGCAGAGAGGCUGCCCAGGCUUUUCAGGGAGGGGGGUCGGAGAGCCAGAGCUUUUUAAUGAAAAGAUAGCAAAGGAGAAGAGGCUCAGACACAAUAUAUUCCCUGAGAGGAGCCAGGAGGGCAAGACACACAAUGAGGCUCUCACAAUGCAAAGGCCCAUAUUGGUUUUUGAAGCGACACGUUUGUUCUGUGACUGAUGCUUUCAGAAGAGGAGGAGGAGGAGGAUCUGGAGAGUACUGUAUAACCCAUAGACUCUUCCUAACCACAGUUUGCCUCUUCUGUAGUUGUAGCAUAUUAUGAGGUUCUCCUGGCGAGUUUGGCUGUAUUUAUUUUGGAAAACUCAGUAUGUCUGUAUUCCUGAGUCGACUUUAUUUGCUCAGUUUUCAUGGAGAAAGCUCAGCUGUCAUCUUAAUAUAAAAAGGGUAAAUGUAAGGGGACUACAAAUGUAGAUGAGUCGCUGUUGAAAACAAGCUUCAAGCUCUUUUGAAGAUAAAAAUCAAAACUCCAACUCCACUGACAUGCUGUCUUGUAGCUUUUACUUUCAUGAUAUGGUCUUCCUAAAAUGAUGAAAAGAUGUCAGAUGAUGAUGGAUUAAAGAGGGACUGGGGUCAUCUUUAAUAUCGCAGGGGGAAUCAAUAAAUUUGAUUGACGGCUAAAAGAACUGCAAUGACCUCUAUGAGAUUUAUUUUCAUGGAAGUUUGCUUAUCAUUUUUUCUAUGUGGUCCAGACUUUUGAUUGUUUACACUUAUUUACAUUAAAGCAGUGUGACCUUAUGACCCCAUGAGUCAGCACUAUACAUGAUGGCCUAAUAAUUAAUAAAUUAAAGAUUGUUUUCAUUUAUAUCUUUUCCUCCUUUUAAGUGGUACAUACUGGUACAAUACCUUUGUCUUUGAGGUCAGUUCCAAAAACAAAGUCAAAUGGUUUGCAAAUCCUUUGAAUCCAGAAACUCAUGCAAAGACAAAAAGUUUCAUGUUGAAAAUGAAAAAUGUGAUUCGUUUAUGAAAAGCAAAAGCUCAUUUCAAACUCCAAACACAUUUGGAAAUCUGUCAUGAUAGGGGUAGUUGGGCGCAGAGAACCUACCAUCAUUUCUGGACCAUGUCUGCAUUUGCAUUUGUACUGUAGAUGCAAUGACAAACUGCCUUGUCGUAAUUUUGAUUCCAUGCAGUGAUUUACACUACAGAGCAUGUCUGUCUUCACCGCAGUAUCACCUGAGGGUCCAAAGAAACAUGGCAGUCCAGUUAUUUGCUUUUUACUCUGAAGCUCAUUGUAUUGAAAUUGUUUAACUGAUAGACCCUUGUGAAAACACAAUAUAAAUAUUGAAUAUGUUGUCUUUGCACUAUGCUCAAAUAUGAUUAAAAUAAUUUAAAAACCAUCAAAUUCUGUCUUAAUCAUAGUAAUACACAGCAUCCCAACUUUUGGGAUUUUUAAGUUGUUAACCAUAUUAAAUGUAUAAACUGCAUACCAUUGGUUUCAAUUAAAACAGUUUACUCAAUUUUUCCAAAAAUUAAGCCAGAAAAGGUUUGGUCAUCUUAUAUUCAGAGUCUUCAUAUAAUCAAGCCAGUGUUGAAGCAACAACUCAGCUGAAAAGAAGUAAGUCCAAUAAGAAAGCAACAACAAAGCAAACAGAAAAGGAGAAAUAAGAACCUCUCAUCAAGUGUUUCUCAGUUACAAACUUGUGCAACAUGAUAGAGCGUUAUUUGUGCUCUAGUCAGGGGGUGCUUGGCUCAGAAAACAUCCCUAAAGGGGACAUGGUUGCUAAAAGUCAUAAAUAACUAAAUACUGGUGAAGAGACAGCAAAUAAAAAAUGACAGGAGGAUUUAGAAACAGGCGGCAAGAGGUCCUCAUGUGCAAAUGUCCAAAUCAGCUACAUUUGAAAUAUCUAUAAUAUAAUAACCCUGCUCUGUGUCCAUUGUAGUUAAAUGAGCACUGUAAAUGUAGCAUGGAUAGAUAACACAGAGAUAUUGAGAGGCAGCACAUGACCAGCUGAUUAUAAACAGGUGAUCACAUCGCUCACCUUUGCCUCCCAGUAGAUUCAGUUCAGAUCAGUCUUAGUGUUACACUUCUUUCUGCAUGUUACCCUCCCCCCCUCAGAGUCCUGAGCCGGCUACCUUUCACCCUCACACCCCCUCCCUACUCUGUGGGAAGUUUCCAUUUGUACCUGGCCUGCCAUACAUGACCAACUCUUAAUAUUUCACCGAGGCACCGAUAAUGACUAACCUGCUGCCUUCAGUCCUGCAUGCACUCUGCCUUUAUGGCCUCAUUUGUGAAUAUUCAGAAGAUUAGCACGAACACGAGCCAGUGAGGGUUCAUUAAGCCCAGAUCUCCGUUAUGUGGCGUCACAUUAUGUUGCUAAAUCUAGGCCCAUUUCCGUGCAUAAACCUCACCUGUCGCCCACCCCGCCUUCUCUCCCCCCCCCUGGCAGCAUCUGCAUACAUCUGUUGCCAGGGCAGGUGCAGCAGGUUUACUGUGGGCUGCUGCCAGGCUGUAAUAAUCCCCCUCCUCCUGUUUCCAAGCCUCAGGUGUGGCCAUCUGUGCUUCCACUGUUGCCUUAGAGAUUUUCCUGGUUUUGGUUUAUUUCCACAAACCCAUGUCUCUGUAUCUCUUUCCUCUCUCUGUUCCUGCCCCGACUCCCCCUGUCUCUCCUUGUGUCUCUCCCCCCCUCCCUCCCACCGUGCUGAAAAGCAGCCCGGAGCUAUGGCCGCAGAAGAGGUAACGUGUGGCAUUUUCUCUGGGGGGGUCUGUUUGUCAUGCCGGCCGCGUCUCUCUCUCUCUCUGAGGCUGAGGGGGGUCUAAUUGUGGUGUCACUCUUUGCUUUCUCAUCUGUGCUGUGAUUGAAUGAAAUCAUAUUAAUUUUGACACUCUGUUUUUCGUGUUGUGCGUUUAAUCAAUACGGGGGCAAAGGUCCAAUCUCUCUUGUUUUGCUUGAUGAUGGUGAGAGGAAAAAGAUCUUUCCACCAAUUUUCUCUUCUCUGUGCUCUGAGUCAGUGUUUUCCUGUGAUUGGAUUAUUAAGAAUAUAUAAUUACUACAGGAGAGUUUAAGUCUGGAUCAAAGUUCAAGAAUUAAGCUGAAAUAUAAUUCAAAGGAAAAAGUAAUGGGUUGCUAAGUGAAGAUGUCACACUUCUACAUGAAACUGUUUCAUCCUGCUGUAUUGCAGAGUUUAUCACUAUUUCUAACAGAUUAAAGUCCAAUAAACAUGUUUUAACAGCAUCAAUGAGGUGUUACAGGGAGGAAUAGAUGACUGAGAUUGAUCAUUUGAGUCACAACAUUAAAGAGAUGUUCCGGUGUAAAUUUAAGUUAUGUUCAAACACACCGUAACACCGAGUUAGACACCCCUUUGGGAGAUGAAUGUUGCUGACGGCUUGCUUCUAUAGUUAUACCAACUGUAGUAACGACCACACGAUAGCAAUACACAAUGGUCUCAGGAGCCACACGCAAACCGCAACCAAAAAAAAGCCACGCUAUUGCCACAAAUAAUGCUCAGAUCAGUACCUAACUUCAUCAACAGUGCAUAAAGGGGUCCAGCCUUAGCACUAGCCACCUAACAUCUUUUUAACUUUGCCUAAUUUCUUUAGCAUAGAGACUAAACACAACUCAUCUAUUCUCUUCAAGCAGCCGCUCGUUUGUAGGGAGACCUCGGACUUGUCCAUCACUGACUGCAGCAGGGUGCCGCAGCUCAAGGAAGAACAUUUAUGAUCAUUUCCUUGAAGUAAUAAUCACCAUAUUAACCAUUUUGCACUGCAGAUGCGUUAGUUCUUCUGCCUUAGCGUCUCGGUCUGAUUCCAUUUCCAUGGAGAAAUUAUCAUAAAUGUAAGUAAUUUCAUUUUAGCCAACUGCUCCAAGUGUUUUGAACUGGAAGAGCGCUCAUGAGGUCACGUGACAUCGCCACUUGGCAAAUUUCGACCAAAGCUCCUAUGAGGAACUUUUGGUUUUUGGCGCCUUUUGUGGACAAAGUAGUCUUUGCUUACCUCGUAAAAGAAAUCUCUGAAAAAAAUGUAUUUUAUAUAAAUUAGCAACAGAAUGAAAACUUUUCAAAGAACAAAUAAUGCAGAAAAGUAGACUUUUGAUAAUCUAAGUAGCUGUUCACCAUGUAGUUUUUAUCGCUGAGUGCGACCUAAUUCCAUAAUUCACAAUACUCUGUACCAUCUGCCAGACCAUCACAGCCAAUUAAAUGAUUGCCCUCACACCAUCAAUGUUAGGGAAGCUCCUCAAAAAUGAAGCCAAAAUAUUUGGAGCUCCCCCUAUUGACUGACUGCAGUACUAAUUUUGCACCCUUAUGAAACAAGGUCAAUUGAAAGACAAACACCUCAUGACUGAAUCAAGCAAGAAAUCUGUGUGAUUCUUUUCUGCCAAAAACCAAUCAGUAUUUAGAUUUAAAUGAUGUUUCGAGAUGCUUUAUGAGACAGAUUACAGCUGGUCAGGCAGGUGACAGGUGCUUCACAGUAAAAUCAAAUGCUGGCUGUGGUGUCCUUAAUUAAAAUCCUAAUAUCAAACAUAAUCCAGGCAGGAAAAAUAUUUGUUUUUUCCAGCAACAUUGGAUGUCAUGUUUAUAAACCAGUCAAUUUAUGCACCUCUAAAAAUGGUUUCAGUCUCCAGGCUCAGUUAUUGUCAGGCUCUAUUAUGGAUGCUAUAUUGUGAUGGAGUCCCAAACCCACAUGAAAGUAACAGCAGAUGAAACGCCUGCAUCAUUCAGUAAUGUCAAAGCCAUCACCGAGUCCUUCAAAAACAAAUCUCCAGGGUUUCAUUUGGGUGAACGCUGACUCAGACACGAUUCAUCAUCUGAAUGGCACAGACGGCUCAUCUCUGAUCAGAUGUGCUUUGUUGACUAAUUCUGUUUUUCUUCAGCGAGGACAAGAGCUGCUGUGUGACAUUUGUAAGGUCACUGCAACAUUGGUCUGGGUUUUAUGUGAUGGUUGUCGCAUGGUGAAGCCGACAAAGUGCAAAGGGAACAUUAUCUGAGUCAUACUGCUUUUGGUCAAAUGCAUAAUGAGGUUCUGAGAUGGCGAGUGCACGCUCUGUGGUGAUGUGUGUGAUAGGAUGAAAUUACUUUUUUUAAAAGGGUCAAAUCCAAAGAAAGACAAACAGAUGGAGUCAAAGGUGGUUCUGUCGCAUAGACUGAAAAAGCAUUAAAAAAUGUACUAAUGCAUCGCUGAGUCAUUGCUGCACCAGCCUGGGCUCCCAGUGAGGGACUGCUUGAGGUCUGCAAGCAUGUUUCUUGUUGUUUUAGCAUGUUGCUUAAAAAACUAGAAAGUUAAGACUUUUAUUUUUAAAUCGGCUCAAGGUGUGUGGACACGAUGGGAUCAAAUCUUGACAAAAGGGAGCUUAAAAAAGGAAUUUUAAAACCAGGUUUUGGUUUUAAAUUUGAUCAGUAUUUUUAAAUCCUCCAAAACAACAAAAAAACUCAAGGCUUAUGCUGCUACCUACAUAAACUAUUCCUUGUACUCAGUUUGUUUGCAAUGUUGAAAUAAUGCAAUGCCAGUUUAGCUCAGUUGGUCAAACAGGCUUUCCAUUUAUAGAUAAUUUCACUUAGCUUUUCUAGUUUUAACAACUCAAAAUGUUUAAUUUCCUCUCCACACUCACCCAUUCACUUCUCAUUCAUCUUAUGAUGGCAGAGGAUACUUAAGUUGGGGGCCAUCAGUAUUAACUUACCCUAUUUAUUCAUUCACUUUCACACACCACUGACUAUGUUUGAUUGAGAGUAGUCAGAGCUGGCUCCUGAUUUUUUAUUUUUAUUUAACCACUGAAAGAAAGAAGACCAGCUCUGCCUCUUCACCACUGAACGGCAUUCAUCUUUGCUUAUCAUCUCCUCCCUUUCUUUAUAUCUCUCUCAAGCUGUUCUAUCAAUCAAAAGCUACAAGACCCCCCACCGCCUCAAAGAAAUGUAUUGGGUAAUAAUCUCAAGAGGAUAACAGGAUAGAUGAUUUUCAGGUCAAACAGAGAGUAGCUUGGUAGCUUGGAGAGAAGUCCAGCAAGAGUAAAUGCAAGUGAACGGAAUCAAAGCGAUAAAACAGAUGGACAUUCAUGGAGCAAUAAAUAGAAGACACUAAAACAGAGUGAAGGAAUGAAAGAAAAAUGAAAAGUUAGGAUGAAUCCUACAAUUUUUAGUCCUGAGGUAAUUUAUCCUAUUAUUGUUUUGUUUCUAUAUUUUUAUCCACGUUUUGUGGAUUUAAACGAUGUCUGAAAACUGUUUGCUGAGUAUAAUUGUGACUUUUUCUGUCUCCACAUCUGGAUAAUUAUGAUCUGUUCCAAAGUUGCUCGGAAAAGCAGCACAAAGGUCAGAGGGAUCAGCUGAUCCGGAAAAGCAGACUAUUUUGAUUUCCAUUUUAGGUUGUUCAGAUCCAGAUUGAACUUUGAGGAUCACUGUAUGUUCAUAGGAGUCCAUGCAUCUUGGGCCAUAAAUUUUUUUUUACUUCAUUUUUUUGACUGCCUGUUUUGCACAAAAUGUUACUUUUAAAGAAGUAAAUUACUUGUAAAAUAAGAGACUUAAAUGAAUUAGUUUUGGCCUUCAAAGCACCACACCAUAUAAAAAUGUAAAAAAGUGUAAAAAGUGUUGGUGUAUUGAUAAUGAAACAUGUUACGUAUUUAAAAGUCCAAACUUUGUCAGGAGCUUUAUGGGAACAAUAUCAAGUGCAUAGAGGCUGAAGAAAGUCACAGACCAACUCAUCUUUUAAGUCAGAUCUGUGAUUUUUUUGAGCUGAUUCUGCUGCAGUCAAAGUUUCCAGAUGUGUUUCACUUACAUUUUCUGUCACAACCUCUCUCUCUCUUUCUCUCUCUCUUUCUCUCUGUUUGCCUCUCACUCCCUGUCCAUCCAUUUCCCCCCGUCUUUCCUCCUGGUGUUCUUUUUCUUCUCUGCUUCUCCUUGCAGGUCGUUCCUGUCUUUUCCCCUUUGAAGACGGUUUCCUCGACGGUCACGAUGACCCCUCCCUGACCCCUGGCUUGAACUCGCCGACCCGCUGCCAGAAUGGAGAGCGGAUGGAGCGCUACUCCAGGAAAGUGUUUGUGGGAGGUCUGCCCCCUGAUAUAGAUGAAGGUAAAACAGAGGAUCCUGAAGAAAACAGACUUCACACAAUAUCAGUUUCCUUUCAUGUGAUUUGUUUUCUCCAACACUCGGCUGAUGGAUUGCUCAGUAUCUGUUAUCACUGACAAUAGUGGUCAAGGCUCAGAAAGUCAUCUAUAGAUCUGAUGUUGGAUUGUUUACUGUGGGAAAACUAAGAAUAAGAGGGCAACUUUUUUCGAUGUGCUUUUCCCAAAGUAGUCCUAAUCCUGAAUUCACCUCUUGAACAAAAAUAUUAUGACAGUUAGAAAAGUAAAUGUCAACCCCUUUAUUUUGAUAGUAACAGUUGCAACGAUUCCUUUGAUAACAUCACCAAUCAAUCAGUCAAUCAAUUAAUCAGGUCACUACAUUUAUUUAUUUGGCACUAAAAAGUAGCAGCUGACCAGAGUCUUGUGAAUAGCUCACAUGUUACAGUUUUAAAUGAAACCGAAACAAUCACAUUGAAAAUUAAAAAAGAAGGAAAAGCAGCUUUGAUAAAAUAAUCAGGAACAUUCCGUCUCAAAAUUAUGCAGAAAAACUGGUUCAUGUGUUUGUUACUUCUGUUGGCUGGAUUAUUGGGAUUCCCUAUUAUCAGCCUGUCUCAGCUGGUCCAAAAAGCUGCAGCAUGUCGACCAAAGAGAGCACAUCUCUUUUAUAUUUACUUCCCCACACUUACUUGAAAAAGAUUUCAAAUCUUUCUUUUGACCUACAAAGCUCCUAAUGCUCUGACACCAUCAUAUCUGCUCAGAAUACUACACUCUAGCAUACAGAUCGGCUCUCGGUAACAAGACGUCUCAAAAGAAGUAUGGGAAGUGGAGCUCAGGCUUUAUCCUGCUACAGGCUCAGACUGCUGGGUGACCCGAUCUCCCUCUCUCUCUCUUUAUUUUAAUGAGUUCAUGUCAAACUAAUACACAUAAUUUAACCAAAAAGGAGUACAGUCUUUGGUCCUGCUCUGUAAACUAUGUGUCUAUACAAACAAGACAACAAAGAAGAUGAACUUUGUGUUGGAAUAUAGAUUUUGUAGAGAUUUCAAAGCCUUUCAAAACCCAGGUAAUUGAUCUUACUUAAACUGCAUCAUUAAACAAAUUUAAAACACAAAGAUUAACCCAUCAAAGAUUAAAUAUUAUUAACAAGUAUACAGGAUUACGUACAGACCAAAAUCUGCCCUUAUAUCAGCACAGUGUUCUGGAGUGGAAACUAUUUUCUCAUAUCGCGAGAACCUACAUGCACAGAGCUGCUUCUCAAUAUGUGUCCACAGCUGAAAAAUUAAUGAGUCUCCACAGCUCGAGUCGGCUCACUGCACACUGGAUGUUCCCGGUCUGUGUUCCUAUCGAACGCAGGGUUGACAAAGUGCAGCAGAAACACAGCAGAAAAUAGAAACGCUGCCUGUCAGAGCGUAGACUGUGACUCUGCAUAAAGCCUUGCAAAUGCAUGCUGCAUGACCAGUGAUGUGUUCUCUUUCACCGUCAAGGAAACAACAUUUGUGCCUUUUCUUUCCUCCUUCUCUCAAGAUGAGAUCACCAACAGUUUCCGUCGUUACGGACACCUGGUGGUCGACUGGCCUCACAAAGCUGAAAGCAAGUCCUACUUCCCCCCCAAAGGUAAAAACACUUUCUCAGAGCAUCAUCUUCACUUUCACAUCAUGCACUAAUAAAUAUCACCUCAGGGGCAUUGUCAUGUAAGAGUUUUCUGAGGAAUCAGGUUACCCAGAAUUCAUGGUUCAUGCAGGGCAAGCAUGGAGGGGUAUGUUUAUUUGAGCAGCCCCCUGUUGUCCACUCAGAGAAAGCUACAUUCAGGGUAUAUGGCUCCAUAACUGCCCAGCUGGAGUUUUGACCCAGGAGCUGCUUGUCUCUCAGAGGUCUAGAGGAGUGUGACUGUUUGUCUCACUUUGGGCAGGUGAUCAGAGAGCCUCUUCAUCACUCCCUCCAGCUCGGGAGCUGCCGUGUGUCAUAUUAGGCGAGCUAUUAAAGACGCUCUGGAAAUAACUAGCAUUCCACAGGCAGAUGGUAAUACGCUGCGUCUGGAGGACCUGCGAAAAUCUCUGCCAGUUUCUCCCCCACUCUCAUUUUUUCGGGAGGAUUAUUUUGAACAGGCUCGGCUCUACUAAUAUCCAAAGCCAGGGGGAAAAAUGCAGCAUCCUUUUAGGGGAAUGAAUGAGCUUACAGCAGCCAUGUAAGGGGAGGAGACAUGAAGGACGGGAGAUCUGCAUAAAAACCAUCUCUCACUCUGAGUUAAACCCUCCCCCUGCUUGCUCUAAAACUCAGAGCGAAACUGCUAAAAUAUCCCGUUUAUGUCACACUCUCCAUAUUAACUGGCAUGCAAGCUUGGGCAGAUGCCCCGUGACGGAGCACUUAAAGCUCCAGGGUUGAGAGCAAGUGCACAUCUGUGUGUGUUUUUGUGUAUGUGUGUGUUUGUGAGAGAGAGUUACAGAUGUUGGAUUUUCAUCCAGAGGUCAUCGGCCUCUCUUCGUGCUAAACGUCCUUCCAAAACUGACUGAAUGGAAGUUAGGUGUCACUUUCCAUCCUGCUCCACAUAGCGUCCGUAAAUGUUUUUGGUUCAGCGGUGACUCACUUUGUGGCUCAGUCAGACUUAUUUUGUAGUUGGAAGGGAAGUAGGAACAGGGAUUACCUAACUGUUCCCAGAGCUUUUAUGUGUUUACAACCUAAAUAAUUUAUUUCAGCUUUUCACCUUUUUUUCAUUAUAAUAUUACUCUUAAGAUCAUUGCUAUGAGUUGUCAUCUGCACCUUUUUUUUGCCUUUGAAGCUACAGAUGAUAUCAUUGAAUUCAAAGGUUACUUUUGCAAUUAAAGUAAAAAUUGGGUGUAAUGUGUUUUCUCAAGGUUUCAAGAAAGGGUAGAGUUGUUUUUUUAAGGGAGAGAGCAGGGGACCUAUGACAGCUCAUAUGAUGAUCAAUCCCUAUGGACAUCCAUCAUCUAUAGACAACACAAGCUAGCAGUUGAGGUGUUUUGCUAUCCUGCGUAGGUCCCAUUGCUGAGGUGGCAAAUAAGUGUCUGUUACUGUGAAAGGAGCAUAGAUGGUUUUAGGAUUGAAAGUAGUUUAACAGCUGCUACAAUAAAGUGAUCUAACCAUUAUUUAAAUCAGUGGUUCUCAACUGGUCUCACUCUGGGACCCACAUUUUUCCAUGGUCCUUAAGUCGUGACCCACUUUUACAGAAUUCAAACUGAGCAAUAUUUUUUUCUUUUUAUAAAAAAAAAUUUUAAAGACUCAAAUCUUUAACAUAAAUACCCCCAUUUUAUGAAGUAAAGUGUAUUUCAGAGCACAUGAAAUGAGGACGACAACUACAACGUGGUGAGACGGACAGACAGCUUCUGGGGUUGUCUCUGAAAAACACCACUGGCUUGUCUUUAUAUGCAGGAUGUUUUGUUUCCAAAUGGCACUUUAGUUUGGAUGGUUGCAUGCUCUCGUUUACAGUGGUGGUGGCUGCAGUGGCGUUUCUGUCCCCUAUUAUCCUCGAUGAACAAAAAUCCACAUUUCAAACAGCGCGGGUCAUAUUUCCGCUUUGCCAUCUUACCUCCUCCUCGUAGCACAAACUGAGCGUCAAGUUAAUGGUGGUUACCUUGGCUACCAAGCCUGGGCAGCUGUACGUGUGCCUUUUCAAAAUAAGCUAUUUUUCAAAAGAAAAGGCAUAUCAAACAUCAGAUUCGCAUUAAAUAUUUACUUUUUUGACCAGUUGUUCACAAUCCAUACAGAACGUGUCUGCGACCCACUUUGGGGUCCGGACCCAUCAGUUGAGAACCACUGAUUUAAAUCACACAUACCACACCUGAUAAAGUCCUAACAGGCCAAACGUUUGGCACAUAAACAUGAAAGUUGUAGAAUUAGUGUGUGCAUUUGGACAAACAUAAAAUACAGAAUCUUUGUAAUUUAUUUUUCCACAAAAAUGACAUCAUCACUGCUUACACCUUUCAACAGUGUGGCCCUCUUGUGCAUCUCUCUGCAGCAUGCUGUGACAGGUCACGCUGACCUCUGUGGCCUAUUGAAAACACUCAUGGCAUGAUGAGUCGCCACCAACCGGCUCAAUCCAGCAUCUUCUUUUCCUCCCAGUGUUUGUUGUAGCGGCAGUCUUUCUGUCAGCAUUAAUGUGCCACAAACAAACCGAGUGAACACCAUCCAUGAGGCAGAACUGUUUUCUGCGGGAGUUAGCACUUUUGAUGCUGUUGCUGUAUUUCGGGGCCUGUGAUUGAAUGAGAGGUGUCACCUUAUGGACGCGAUCAGUGUGUGAUAGUCUACUGUAGCUUGGAUUAUUCAAGUGGUAUCUUGUGAUGACAGAGAAGUAGGGUCAAUUUAUGAGACAAGGGUGUCCUGCAAGGGUCAAACCAUAUAAUCUGGAAAUACAGCAAGUUCGAGUUCUCCAAAGUAAAACAAGUGUUCCAGUAACACCACAGAUCGCAUUAAUAAAAAAAAACAGAACUAUUUUUUGUUCUGGUACUGUCUCCUGCUUAAAAAGCAAAUACAAUACAUGACAUAAAAACUCUGGUCAUUGUGGUUUUGUGGCUCACACUCUCUUCUAUCAUCAGACACUGCUGUUGGCAAAAAGCCUGAAAUGUUGGGGAGCUAUUUCUGUCUGUGAUUGCGGAUAGAAAGAGGAGGAGGAGGUGACGCUGUCUGUUGCCUACAGUCUGAAUGCUGGAAGCAAUAAACUGCUACAAAUGCUAACACUCACGUCAUGCUGCAAUAACAGUGUGUCAGACGUGUUUCAAAAGGUUAAAAGUUAAAUUUGCUUCUGACGGCAGCCAGUAAUUAUCAGGUUUCUUUUUACAACACUGAAGGGAAAACAUUCAUCUACAAUCGCGUUUUCCUUUUUUUCCAUGAAGAGUGGUCUGUCUGUGCAGAAGUCUCAGUGUUUGUAUCAGGCCUGGAGUUUUUUUCCUCCCUCUCGCUCUGGGAUUAUAUCCAGCGAGUGACUUCUUCUAAUUGAGAUGAUUAGCGAUGCCUGAUUUCCUCUCUCCUCUGCCCGAUCACUGACUUCCCUCGUAACGCUCCAAAGCCUCCAGGGCUGUGUUAGUUUUUAGGAGAGCAGAUGUUCGUGUCCUCCUCCAUUCGUCCUUCCUUCAACUCUCAGCCUCCUUUGGUUUUACCUUUGUCCUACUCUUCUUGUCCUCCCUCAGUCGGAGUUAAACUCGGUCUCCUGUUCAUCUUCUUAUUCAUGCUCUCUGUCUUUUGUGUCUUCAUGUUCUUUUUCAUCCCCGCUGUCUUCAUUUUAUCUUUUGUGCGCUCCCUCUGUUUGUCAUUUUUCUUGCUGUUGUUAUUCUUUGUAUUUCAUUUUUGAUUUCAUCCCCCACCUCUAACUCAUUUUCUGUUCCUGUUUUCUUCAUCUUUUUCUUUUUCACCCUGGCUUCUAUCCUCUCCUCUCAUUGUCAUUUACAAAGUGCUUUUCUUUGUCUUCUUUUCUUUCAUCUUCUUUGUUAUUAUCUGUCCGUCUUUGUCUCGUCCUGCUUCUUUCCUUUUUGGCCUUUUUCCUCUUGCUUCUCCUGAUCCUCUUUUUUUUUCCACCUGUGAUUCUUCUUUUUCCAUCGUUUGUUUUGUUUUCCAUCUUUGUCUCCUUGUUUUUCCAGUGUGUCUUUGAUUUUUCCCUUAUUUAGAGUUUUCUUAAUCUUGUCCUUAAUUGUGUUCAUCCUCAUUUUCUUCUUUCUUCUUUUUCUUGGGCUCCAACUUUUCUUCUUUUUUUCUUCCCCUUCUUGGCACUUACUCAUAUUCAGAAAUGUCAUAUUUGAAGUCCCUGUCCUAAAUGAUAAUAUGUUUUUCCACUAUAAAGGCCUUCAUGGUAGUGUUUUAAUGACAGAACACCAGGAUUCAUUUAACAGUUUUGUUUCUAGUUUAUUGUAUUUUAUCAAAUGCAGAAAUAAUGGUAAUAAUCAAUGGGGGUGGGAGAAAAAAUCGAUACAGCAUAGUAUUGUGAUAUUUUGUCUGGUGUUAUAUCAUUUUGUCUCAUUUACCGAGUAUCGAUUUUUCUAAGUAAUUGCUCAUACGAAGUCAAAUCUAUGAUGUGGAGACACAGCCUUGGAGAGUCAUCCUUUACCUGGACUCAGUAAGUCCUUUUUUUCAUGGCACCAUGAAGGGUCGCAGUAAUGCCCAUCAAAUUUGGAGAAGUAAGAUUUAACAUGACGCCUGAAGAAUAUAACCCUUCUUGAAAUUAAAUAUGUAUAUGAAUAUAUUUAUUCUAAACUACCGUCAAGUUUAGGUGAAAAUAAAAAAUCGAUAAAGCAUAGUAUUGCGACUUUUUUUUGUGUGAUAUAUUGUAUUGUCUCAUUUACCAAGUAUCAAUUUUUUAAAAUUAAUCGUAAUAUAAAGUCAAAUCUAUGAUAAUGGAGAAAUAAAAUCAACUGUUUGUCCAGUGAGGUUGGCAGAGGUGACAUCAUAGAGCAGGAGAAAGUUUGUACAACAAAUAUAUCUAUAAGGUUUGAAAGAAGUGCAACAUGAAAAUAAAAUACUGUGUAAAUGAGACAAACAUAAAGGAAAGACAAAUGCUAAAUUAGCUAAACAGCUGAAAAAAAUUGUAUUAAUUGGAAUGUAUUGUAUCGCAAUACUCGCUGUAUUGCAAAAUGUUAAAAUAUUGCAAUAAUAUCGUAUCGUGGCCCAAGUAUCGUGAUAAUAUCGUGUUGUGGGGCUAGUAGUGAUUCCCACCCCUAAUAAUCGACAUGAUAUUCACAUGAUACUAUCAGCCAUCAGCUGCCUUUCUCUUUAACUAGCACUGGCAGGUGAACAAAACAACAUCAGUAAUUUUCAGCGCCACCUCUUGUCUGUUGUAAAAAUCGAUAAUUGACUAAAAUGUAAUCUGUAAUGAACAAUAGAUAAACAUAGCUGUGGGAAACAGUUGGAGGUAUGAAUUCUCAGGAAUCUUGUGUUUCAUUUAAGAACCUUAAAAUUUUCAGACAGGACACGUUUUGGAAAAGUAGCAGGGUAAGAGGUGUGUAAAUUUUCAUCAUGCAGAGUAAUUUGCAUGUGAAAUCCCAAGCAGUCCGGCACCUAUUUGGCAUCUCAGUAAACAGGGGAGUCAGAAUGACUAGAUGGAGUUAUUUCAGUCAGGUAAAAGGAAAAUUGCGCUUCAGUCUUCUUCGUUCCUUGUUGUCUUUUUCCACUUCUUCCUUCUCUUUUUCUCUUCCUCUCAUGGCUCACCCUCCUCUCUCUCUCUCUCUCUCUCUCUCUCUCUCUCUCUUCAUGGUGAAAGCCACCAUUAACAGUUGGUGUGUUUACAUUUUGUGACAGAGUUAGAGCUCUCUGCUGACUUAUUUUCCUCCCUAUUUCCUCUCAGGGGAUACAUAUUGAAUAUGAAGUGUGGGCUUCAUACAUGCCUUCACAUACAAUUUCCUCCAAACAUUUGCAGCAGAGCAUAUUUCUCCUUUGACUUCCUCCAUUCCCAUGUUUCUGGGAUAACUGAUUUAUUUCUCGGUUAUUCUGGUGGCUGAGAGCUAACAUUGCAGUGCCCUGGCCUGUGUGGAAUAAAUCUGUGCACACAUGUCUGAAAAGAUAAGCCCGGAUUUAAAUGUCACCAUUAAAUCCAGUGAGACGCACACAGUGACUGUGCUCACUGAGUGUAUCUGCUCAUCGUGGGUUAGAUUUCAGCUAAGUGAACUCAACUUUGAGUCGCUGAGGUCAUGGAGAGAACAGGAGAGCAUUGUGGGACUCUGAUAUAGCAGUGGAAAGACGUUUGUGUACUAAUCAGAGAGUGAGCCAAAGUAUCACCUCUAAAGACUCAAAUGUGCUGUGUGUAGCAUGAACGCUAGCAGCAGAUGUCAAUGCAGUGCUUUGACUCAGCAGUGCAUUUUAGAGCUCUGUACUAAUCUGAGAUUGAGGUAUUGGCAUUUUGGAGAGAUUUGACAUCAAAUCAAGAACUACCUUCAGGAGUUAUUUGACGUUUUGACACAUCUCGCCAAGAGUGGAAUAAGAAAAUCAAUACGUCACCACUCCGAUGUCUCUAUUGUGAAUAUAUACAGCUAAAGUCAGCAGCAGAGCCUGUCUGUUCUCAGAGUUUGGGGUUUUAUCCUUCUCUAUGGGACUUUUCCAGAGACCCUUAAAAGAGUUUUAUAUGUUCAUUAAGUUUUCCUUCCCUGUGGCAAAUAUUCAUUGAUUAUCUCCUGUGUUAAUAAACUGAAAUCACCCGCCUUGAGGUUUCUGAUGAUUUCCAUGAACCUUAAAAUAUAAUUUUGAUUAAAUAAAAGACUCCCAAGAGUCAUCCGAUAUCGAAACAGCUGGUUUAUUCAGGUUUAUCUGACACCGUCUUUGUAAAGCAGUAAAGAAUAGCAAAGUCGAUUAGUAAACUUUGCCUUUGAACCAUAACAGUUUAGUUUAAGCACUCUCUUAACCAACUUGUGAACAAGACUCAAGGUAUUUGAACAGAGUGUCUGAUAACCGAGCCUUUAUCCAAUGGCAUUUAGAUCAGGUGCAAUGCAGCAUGCAAACAGGGACCUUGGUUUGCAGACCUUUAGACUGGCAGAGUGGUUCUGGCAAAAAGUAAAUGAGGAUCUAAGCACAAUAGAAACAUGUAUUAAAAUGCAUGAAGUAGAAAAAGGCUCGAUUUCAUGGAAACAGAAUUGUGCGCACUGAGUGAACGCCGUUUUAAAAUUCAAGAUAAGGAAACACCGGAGGUUAGGUUUUAAAUCUCAAAACAAAGUAACAUAAAAUGAAAUAAAAGAAAUAAUAAAUAAAAUGAAAUAAAAGCAAGCAAAAUAAUUAAAUGAAUACCCCUCUGUCAUGUAAAGCCUGGUCUAAUAUGGCCUCUUUAAAAGUGCUUUAUAAGUGCUUAUAGUUUGUGUCCAUGUUAUAAAAUCCUACAUGACAAACUACCAUUUGACAGUGGUGAAGGUAAACUUUUCUCUGUCAUCGGCUUAAUCCUGCAUGAGGUCAGUGCCAUGUUGUUGAUGUCUAAGCAGCACUCUCUGGGCAGAAUAAUUGGGUGUUUUACACGUAACCUUCCGAGCAAACCGAGCCCUGUAAACCUGCAGACUGCAGCUUUGUGCUCUCCCCCUGUGCUGUAAGCCUCUGCACUGCGCAGAGUGGUGAAAUCAGGCGGACCCUCAACUCUGUUCAGACUCCGUCUCUGAGCACUCAGGUGGCGCAGCGCCCUUUGGAGUACACUUUGUUUCAGAGGGUAAAGCACUGGCAUAACCACUGAACUAUGCACACACUGAACUGGGAGUCGUCCAGGUACAUUGAUUAUGUAUACAUAAUUUGCCCUGAUAUAACCUGAGACAACAGUCACAUAACGUAAGUCAAUGUUGGGUGAUACAGGCAGGUUUGCUUUUACAGCGUGAUUCUCCUCAGGGCUAAGGAUUUAAAACACAUGAUUAGAUGUAUACUUAAAAGUCACAUGUUAGCUAAUGUGAGCUGUUUUUAUGAACUACUAUGAACUUGUAGCUGUGUCACCAUCUCUUUAGUCUGAGUGGGCUCCCAACUUCCCAUCAUUAAAGUUUUAGUCUUAUAAAUAUAUAACAUGUUGUACUGUACUAAUGUUUGAGAUUUUUUGGGGGGGAAUCUGUAAACCAAAUUAUAAGAUUCAUAUCACCUGCAGGAUAAAAAGAUAUUAAUGGGGCCUCAUAGACAAGAAAAAAAGAACAAAAACAAUAGAACAAUCUUAACCUAUAAAAAGUCUUCCUUUCCAUAUUUAAAGUCCCACACCAAUAGUUUUUUUUACUGCUUAAAGUGUUCUCAGUGGUUAUUAAACUGCGAUGAUAAAGUUUUUACCAAAGAUCACGUUACCUGUGUCAUUUUCAAGGGUUUUUCUUCUGCAGAGCUCCAGUAGAUCAUUAGAAUUCGCCUCUGAGUCGUGGGUGAAAACAGCGCUGCUCUGCACACUUCUCCUUCCGAGUUAGCUUGCAGCCUAAUAUUGCCAGUGUAGUAGAAGAAACAGAUAAGAUGGGGUAAUUCAACUCCCGGACACCAAUGUCUUUAGGGAAAUGAUAAGCUACUAUCAUAAUUAGCUUUCUUACGAGCAUUUCAAUACGCUAACGCAGAUGCUUGUUCCGCGACUGUUCUCUCAAUUUCUCCGAGCCUGACCUGCAUAGCAGGGCUCUGGGGGCGGAGCUUGGAUUGGUUACAUAUGAAAUCUCACUGUAUCUGAUCCUGUCGUUUGGGUCUGCCAGAGAUUUACAGCUAUUUAAAUGAAGAAAUUCUCAGAAAUGCAAUUUUGCACUUCUUUUUCUCAUGAUAUGUCCUCUAGUAUCAGAAAAAUGCCAUAUGAACAUGUAGACACCAAGAAAAAAAAACACGAUUUUCAUCGGAGUGGGUCUUUAAAGUUCAAAUGCAGUCAAUGCUUGAGUCUAUGUCAAAGCCUGAGUCAGCUGUACCAGGGCUCAAAAUUAGUCACAAGUCCUGAAAAACAGGGCUCAAGUGGGACUUUAGUCUGAUUCUUGGUUAAAGAUGACAACCUGCCAUGAAGAAGGUUUCUUACUUAGAGUUUCACAUGGAGAUUGUUUGAGCUCCUUUGAUUGUGAUCAUUGACUGAAUAAAAGAAAUAUAUUGUCUGUAUAAUGGAAGUAGGCAUAUUCACCACGAUCAAGUGUCAUCAUCAGAUUUUUUAAUAGUCACUUUAAGCCGUAAGACAGCAGUAGAAACAGCCGGGUGAGUUUAUCUUUCUGGGAGGGUUAGCAGUUCCUCCCUAGCUCCUGGGAUCUUCAGCUCAAAGUGUCCUUGAACAAGAGGCUGAACCCCGAAUCGCUCCUAAGUGGCAUGGCCAACAGCAUGUGAUUGUCACUUAAUAUACUAGCUCUGUCAUCGCUGUACAAAUGUGUGUACAGAUGGUUAAACAGGACACAUAAUGGCCUCAAGACAAGAGAAGCCCCAUUGAAGUGGAAUUCAUUUAAGGAUUUACUUCUUUUGUGGAUUGCUUUCUCCUGCUUUUGUUUUGUGGCUUGUCAAUCACAGGUGGUGAUGCCCUCAGGGUUACUCCACUCUAUCUUCAUUUUGACUGUAAAUGGAAUAAAAUCUAACUAAAUGAACAUUAUGCUGUAUUGAAGAAGACUUUAAACCAGAGAUUGAGAGCAUAAACUCGCCACAAAGUUGUCUCCUAGGGUGAUAAAUCAUCUGAGAAGUAGGCUCAUUUUCCAUCUGCUUCUGUAAAGUCGUAUUUCAUUUUGAAACCAGUAGAUUCGCCUCCUGCUGGCCAUUAGGAAGAAUGCAGGUUAAAGGUACUGAUGGAUUAGCUUGAUUAAAACAUCGGGUUUGACUUGAGUUAACUCUGUGUCAUGGCUGUCAUUUUAGGCCAAAUGUGGGUCAUGUAAGAACUGCUGAUUUAGGCCACGUUUGGAUCAAAAAUUCUCUGUUUUCUGUUUGCACCAUCUGACGGUCCUGUUUACUUUAGCCGCACUCUUACAGAGCCCAUAAAAGCAGUAGCUUUAAGCCAGUCUUCACACUCUCUCUAAGUGUCUGUUUGUAAGGCAUUCAUUCAUGCUGCUUCCCUACCUUUCCUCACUUUUCUCUCCUCUCUCUUUCCAUCCGUCUCACCCUUCUCCCCUCCCUCCUUUCUCCCUCCCUGUGUCUCUCCUGCCCUGGGUCAUGGAACACGUUGUUCUCUGCCUCAGACUGUAAGAGCUGCUGGCUAGUUCUGCCUUUUCAUGCUGUUUUUUUGUGCUAGACUGCAGUUGUUGUUUUUUUUUUUUUCCUCUGAGAGGGAUGUCAGUGCUAAACCACAUGAUUUCUCCCAAUGACAAACCCGCUUUAUGUAACAUGGAAGAAUACAAAGAGACGGGGGGACUUAUGGCGGUGAUGACGAGGCAGGAGGAGGAAGAUGACGGUGCACAAAAUCCUCUUAAAGUCGAGGCGGCUCCAGAGAGGGUCGGCCAGGGGAGUAGCAGCUACAACAGAAAGAGAUCAGCAGAAAUUACAGCAGUUGAUUACAGUUAAGCUUUCCCAUUGUGUAUUUGUGGGUCCAGCUUGUUAUUAGAGGAAGUAUUAUAUCCUCGUUAGGUUAUGAGCCUGUAACUUCACUUAGCAUGAGACCCACUACAAACACAACAUUGUGUUUGCAGAUCACGUCCCACACAAGAAUUUAUACACUGAAUUAAACCCACUUUUAAGUCAUAUAAGUUCUACUCACUAGACCUGCAAAGAUGUAUGUUUUAAAUGUCAGUACGCCUUCACAAUCCCCAUCCAUCUCCAUAUUCAGCAAGUAGUUAGCAUGAGUAGCUCUGACAUAAAUCCACAAAGGACACGUGGAUAUUUCCUGUCAGCGCCAAGACCUGUCUUCACAUUCAAUGACUUAUCUUUUCUUACUGUCAUUGCUGCAACUCUUGUUUCUUCUGUAUACGACUCGGGCCUCAUCAUUAAGGUUAUCUAAGGUCAUAGUUUCGGUUACUUUACUAUAGGCUGCAACUCUAAGCCUAAUGUAAAUCACGCUGGAACCAUUGAGUGUUUGAUAUAUGGCUCAUGAGAGUUUCAGCUCAAGUUAGCACAAGUUUUCUGCUUGAUGUGUGUCUGAAAAAUGUUACUUUAGGACACACCUGAUUCAAAUCAGCUCGUUAUCAAGCUCUGGAAUGGCUCAAUAACGAGCUGAUCAUUUGAAUCAGGUGUGGGGGCUAGAGGACUGGAUUUGAGAACCACUGCUUUAGGAUCCUAUUUUACAUCUGCUAACUACUCUUUUGCCUUUUUUUUAAAACCCCAAAGUCUAUUUCUGUGUUAAGAGUGUUUUCUAAUACGACAUUGCAGUGAGUGGGUUUCACACACAUCCUGAUGUCUUUCUAAACAGACACUUGCAAAAUCCAAUUUCCUCAGCUAUUAGGCCUCUGCAUGAGGAAAUAACUGAAGCAGGUGAAGCAGAGGCAGCUAUAAAGCCACUGUACACUGUGUCCUUCUGCCAAAUAGUUCACUGUGGGAGCCUUCGGAAAAAAAAAUCCAAUAUGCAUUCAUUUAGCUGGACUAUUGUGAGCUCAAACUAACGCUACAGUGUAACCCGUCCUUACAAUUGGAUCUGAUAUGAUGGUUCUGUCACAUAUGAAUAAAUUUAACUUUACAACUUACAUUUACAUAUAUAUGUUUCCUGACAUGCACUAAAUCAUAUAACUGCUUCGUGGACUGUGAUAGAAUAUAGUGAGACACAGGCUUUUGCAGAACUUGUCUUUGAUUGGCUCAGCCUUCUGUGAAUGUGUUUUUAUAAAUAGUAAAAGCUGUGCCAGGCCUGCUGAAAUUGCCUCCUUUGUGUUUAUAAUUUUAGAUUAAAUUUGAGCUGGCGUAAAUGUGCUUCCUGUCAAAUACUGAAACUUUAAUUCUGCUAACCUUGUUCAUGAUGUUCAGACACUUUAAGUCAUCCAUCUGCAACACUGAAUUUUCUAUUACUGCCCUGACGGCUGAUAGAGGCGCCAACGUCAGCGAGACACAACUGCUUUUGCUGCCUGAGGCAGGUCAGCGGCACGUCACAGUGACAUGGGACACUUCUUCUACAAAAACACCCAGUCACAUCCAUGCAGUCAAACACACACACACAGCAGGACCUGUGCACUCACACAAUCACACAGCAUCUGACACACUGCAAACAGCAGCGGUCUCAGGCCUCACGAGGACACACAUGAAUGCUUCUUUCCAUUCCACCUUCUUUCUACCUUUUCUUUUUUUGUGUAUUAUCCGCUCACACCACCCCUCCCCGACACACACUCUAGCUCAGACCUACCCACAUACCACAAUCGACUGCCGAGUCAGGCUUUAUUCCUCCUCUCUCUCGGCUCACCUCAUCUGCAGCAGCUCCACUCAGGAAUGUUAAAGUGAAACAUGACAGUUGCACAUUCCUCUCCCUCGCCCUCUUUUACUCGAGCAUUUGUCUGCAUGAGCGCAUCUGUGUGAGUCUGUGUGUGUGUGUGUCUGAGUGUGUGAAGGUGAUACCGAGAGACACUUGAGCACACGGCUUCUGCAGCAAACCGAGGGGGUAGAUAUUUGGAGACAGAGUGUACUCUCCUGGAAGCCAGUCUCUUGGUGUAUGUGUGAUUGUGUGCACUUGUGCAUAUCUACCCAGCCCUCUCAGACAGCGGCUCAUAUUCUCCUGACUCAUGGCUGCCACAGGUGGCUUCUGCUAACCGAAACAGAGCAAUAUACGAAUAAUUUACAGCCUAUCCAGAGACAAAUGCAUUCACCAACAUCUGCUACUACUGCACAGUGUUACAAAUGUAUCCACCCUUAUGUGAAUUUGGAGUAUUAAGUGUAUACACUUUAUGAUUUAUCUGCGAAAAAGUUGUUUUUUGCUUCUGGCUUUUGUUGCCUCGUCCUUUUCAGUAGCAUAAUGUGAUGGUCGCACCCUCCUGGUUUGGCUUUUUGCUACUCCCAGAACAGCUUUAUAGCUCCAACCUUGGAUGAGGUCUUUGCUCUCAGUGCUAAAUAAUUCAAUAGUACAGAGUAACUGUCUGAAUCGCUCUUUCUUUCUGCCUUGAAAAGACAUCAGCAAACUCUCUACCUGAACCGGUUCUCUGGGAGGAUCUGCAGUGUGUCGGGCUGAUCAAUUUUGCAUGGUUCUUUUCCGAGAGCAGCACUUUGCUUAGCCAUUUAAUCUGAAGCGGCUCAGGCAGCGAGGUGCGGGGUGCAGAGCUUCUUAGAGGCAGAGAAGUCAAACGAGGACAGAGGAGCAGAAGAAUAGGCAACAAGGUCAUACAAAGUUGUCUGAACCAUGAAUAAUUACAAAGGAGAAGUGUGGCGCUUUGUCACAGGGCUUUGACGUGAAUAGUUGUCUGUUGGGUAUGACUAAUGAUGCCGUGGAUAGAAUAUCCUCUUUUUUUUCCUAAAAUCUUCCUCUUUUUGUUGCAGGAUAUGCCUUCCUGCUGUUCCAGGAGGAGACUUCUGUUCAGGCCCUGAUUGAUGCCUGCAUCGAGGAGGACGGAAAGCUCUACCUGUGUGUGUCCAGUCCCACCAUCAAAGACAAACCGGUGGGCAGCAGUUUUUCUCUAUAACACCUUUUUCCACAGUUAACCCCUGUGAAUAUUGGGUGACUCUUAAACACAGGGAUGCAGUUUAUAAAUGUCAUGUCAGAUGAGGAGUGUGGUUGAAGGGGGGAAUGAGUAUCUGACAAGAGGACAUCAGAAGCAUGCUGUAGAGGCCACAUUGCAAUGUUUACAACAUGAUGACAGACAAACGAACAUAGACCCUCACUGUGUUGACAGUGUUUGUAUUCGUAUUAAUGCUACAUGUAAACAGACAGAUUUGCAGACUUCUGCACUGCUCUCAUCUUAGGAGCGAUUCUCCUACUUCAGCCUCAGAUGUUUGGAUUCAUUUUGUUACCUGUCACUCUUGUGCGUUUGCACAUUUCCUACUGUAUAAACCACGUCACUUUCAGGCUGUGCACUUUUCAAAACAUGUUCUGCGUGUUUGCGUUCACAUGUUUCUGAUUACACCUCUUAUUUAAAGGGAUAUUCUGGCUUAAAUUAAUUUAGGGUCAAACACACUGUAACACCGAGUUAGACAACCCCUCAAGAGAUGAGUGUUGCAGACUGUUUGCUUCUCUAGUUAUACCAACUUUAGUAACGACCGCACGAUAGCAAUACACAGCAGUCCGAGGAGCCACACACAAACCUCAACCAAAACGCCACUCUAUAGCCACAAAUAAUGCUCAGAACAGCACCUAACUUCAUCAACAGUACAUAUCGGGUCCCAGCCAUAGUACUAGCCACCAAACAUCUUUUUAGCUUUGGCUGAUUUCUUUAGCAAAGGGACUAAACACAACUCACCUACUCUCCUCCAGCGUAUGUAGCGAGACCAUUACGGACUGCAGCGGGGUGACGCAGUUCAAGGAAGAACAUUUAUGAUCAUUUCUUUAUGGAAAUGCAAUUAGACUAAGACGCUAAGGCAGAAAAACGAUCACGUCUGCAGUGCAAAAUGAUUAAUAUGGUGAUUAUUACUUCAAGGAAAUGAUAAAGAAAUGAGUGCUAACAUUGUUUUACUUUGAGAGGAAGCCUUAUGUUUCUCCAAAUUAGCAUUUGAAACAUUUAAAGGUCCUGAUCCAUUACAAUGUGAAAAGAUGAAACUCCUAAAGUCUUCUUCAGGACUUAAAAACUGAUGAAAGCAUUGAGUGGGACCUCGUAUCUUCAUUUUCAUCGAAGUCCUACAGUCCUGAAUGCCUAGAGUAGAGUAUCUCUGCAUGAAUGGUGGCUAAAAAAAACUCUUUAUUUAUCCGAAACUGGCAUUCAUGAAAAACCUCUUUUCAGUUCUUGAGCUCUGACUGAAAAGCUUCUUUUUGGCAGAGUUAGGAAUGGCUUGUGUUACUUGUUACUUUUGUAUUGUGAUCAAAGCUCUUUAUAAAUGGAGCAGGACUAAGUUUCAGUAAAAAUUCAUAAGAAAUGAAACCUGCACCCGUCUUUGUUUACAAAGAGGUCAUCGGUGGAGUGGUAAGCACACAUAGCUAUGAAACAGACCUUUUCAGCCUCUGGGUUAGGGUUCAUUGUCCAGCAUUGUUCUGAUGGGUGGCAGAGCCUGAUGUCAGGCUGUGAUGAUGGGUCAAAGUAACUGGUCAGAGAAGCAGGAAAACCCACCCCUUUUUAUGCUCUCAUCUGCGUGUCUCUUUGUUAAUGAAACAUGAUGAGGUUUAGUGCUAAUAUCCAACAAUGUAACCUCAUAUGAACAGCAUAAUGGGUCUCCUUUAAAAUUAAAUGUUUUGCACCUGCCUGAGAUGAACUGCUCUGUUUGUUCUGAGAAACAGUUUGGCUAGUUGGAAAAAAGUGUGCGUAUACUGGCAUCAGAAAGCUUCCUAAGUGAGUUAAGAAAGUCCUCUUCUGUUUAAGCUUCAUGAAAAUAAUUAUACAGGAAGUGCACCACACAUUUCCCUCUAACUGACCAUCUUCUGUCUCUCUCAUGCAGGUCCAGAUCCGUCCCUGGAACCUGAGCGACAGUGACUUUGUCAUGGACGGCUCCCAGCCUCUGGACCCCCGCAAAACCAUCUUUGUAGGGGGGGUGCCCCGGCCCCUGCGUGCAGGUAGCUUACUUAUAUGAGUGGAAUAACUUACUCGCCAUCCCCCCUAAAGCCUCUAAAUUGGCUUUACAGUGCUGGCUGGCAUAAAGUGCUGAGGCUGGAGGCUAUAAUGAAAGUUCUCCCUGUGAGAAAGCAAUCCUCUACUUGGGUUUCCAGGACACGGGCCAAGCGGUCGUCAUGUUAAGAAUUCAUGCUGUAAUGGAAGGCUCACUCCUUCUGUUCUUGGGAUAAACAUCGCCUGCUCGUCUGCAAUGUGACACCGACUAAUUAUACCAGCAGUAUGAGACUGCAGCUCUGAUGAAGAGUGGAGGAGGGGAGGUUUUAGAUCCGGUAAUAACAGAGUCAAUUACUAAACUCCAAGCGAAACAUUCACUUUACAAAGUGAGACUAAGGGCUGUAAAUUCUGCACUAAAAUGAAUUCAACUCAGAAAAAGGUAUUCUUUAUUUGCAGUGCAGUCAUGAUUAUGGUAUUGUUAAUAAUUAAUGAUAAAUGAUUUUAUAAUGCUUACAGUUCAAAUAGUAUCCUACUGAAGACAGUAGGUGGAAGAAACCAUGUAUAACCUCCAGAAAAUAGUUCAGUUUCACAUGAUGAAAAUGUCAAUCACAGAUUAUUGCCCAGUCCUCUAAUAAUCCAGCUGUGUUAAUACUUGAUGGUGAUUGGUCAAAACACUUGAAUAGUAGUUAUUAGUUCUGCACAUUCUUUAAAUCCCCAUCUCUUUGAGUUGACAGCAUGGGAAAAAUAAACUUCUGAUGUUAUCAACCAUAGACUGUGUAUAGAAUGGACAGCAUCUGCCUCCUCGCUGGGUGAGAACAGCACCCUCUGGUGACAGGCUGCAGUAUAGGUCAUAAAUCCCGCCUCCUCCAGCAAAACUUAUGGAGUUGUGGACAAACUUGACAUGUAGUUAUUGUUAGACUGGUUUGUGCUCAGGUCCUCUUUUUUCUGUGCAGCUCUGUUUUGAUUGUGUAGCUCACCCGUGGAAUACGCUGUUUGAGCCAAGCGUCAUCACAGCAUCUCUCUGCGACUCUCUCACCGAAUGCGUACAAUGCAACUCCACAAGAAGUGGAGUGCACGCGACGCUACUGCGCAAUGUUGGUUUCAGGAAGAGGAGAAAAAUGGCGGAAAUACAGAGAGCUUUUCGGCUUUAAAUCCGUAUGCUGGCAGGAGGCGGAACCACAAUGUCCAUAGUUUAUACAGUCUAUGGGGACAACCUGGAGACAUUUUUAAUAUUACUCUUUGUUUAGGAUGUGUCUAGAAACUGAAGUAUUUGCAUACUUGGUGUCAUUUUCCAAAAUUUAAAAGAUUUUGCGUUUAAACAUUUAUUCAUGUAAGAAUGAAACAAUCAGAUAAAAACACAGUUUUUCUGAUGCUUUUCAGCUGAGCUCUGAGGCUGCUUGCUGAUCUUCUGCCAUUUCUUUUCUUAAAGCUGCUGUGAGGAGUUUUUUAAGUUAUUGAAAUAGACUGGAUUUCAUUUAGGUGCUUGUACAUUUGAAUAAAAAGAAAGUACAAAACAACAAGAUCUGUUCAGUAAGAGUGACUUUACUUGAAACUUAUAGAAAAUAAGUUUAUUUUAUCAUAGUUAUCAUCUGAAUGAAAUGAGAGCUGUCUUGAUUGUGUAAAUACAUCCAAAACUUGGGAUUGUUAUCAACAUGUUUCUUUUUCAUUAUCUCUCCUCUGUAGUGGAGCUGGCUAUGAUCAUGGACCGGCUGUAUGGUGGUGUCUGCUACGCCGGCAUAGACACCGACCCAGAGCUGAAAUACCCGAAAGGAGCCGGCCGCGUGGCUUUCUCCAACCAGCAGAGCUACAUCGCCGCCAUCAGCGCUCGCUUCGUCCAGCUGCAGCACAAUGACAUCGACAAAAGGGUGAGUGAGUUUGAACACUUCAUUCACAAUCUCCUUCCUCUUGGUCUCCACCACAGCUGAGGUUUUCACAGUCAUUCCUCUGGCACGCUGCGGAGCUGAACUCUGCCUGAGCCCUCUCACAUCCAUCACAGCUCUCAUUAUAGCUCAGCCUACAAUAACGGAAGAACAGGCCCGGCUGUGCAAUCACUCCGGUCUUUGGCUGCCGGAGCCCUGACAGAUGUUUCAAGUUGCAGACACACAGGGUUGGUUUAAUUAUAGCACUUCCCUAUACGUGUGUAUCCACUCUGGCUGUGCUGCAGCCUGCUUUUUUUAGACAUGUCGGCCAAUUGCAGUAGGGCAGAUCGUGACCGAGGGAGACUGGGUGUCAGCCAGGGAGCUGAGCCUCUGCAGGGUGUGGCAGUGCGCCCCACCUCUUCAUCAUCUAUCUUCAGAGGUGGGGGGGGUUAUUUUGUCUGGAUUACAAACAGUGUACAAAACAAGGCAGAGGGCAACAGUUUUAGAAAAUGUUAGAAUAAAAGGCAUCCUCGUCAAAUUUCUGUGGCGUAGACCAACAGUCUUCAAGAGUAUAGAUGUAAUUAGUCUUUUUUAAGAGUCUAAAUCUGCUGCAGAAAGUAGGUCACACAGAAGGAUAACUUUGGGUGACGAUAGAUGCCUGUUUUCUCCUCACUUUCCUAUAAACAUUCACACUCAUGUUGACAGGCUGCAUAAAAAAAAUCAUCAUCCUGGUCAGCUUCAUGUCCGGUGAGACAGUAUUUAACGCCACGACUUUGUCUUGUUGAUUUUGUGCUUCAGUUGUUGCAGAGUUAAACAAAGAGGGGACAGUCCUCCUACAGUUGAGGGACUCAACAACCUUUCAUUUUGUGGCCACACUAUAACUAGGCUAGCAUCCACCCCCCUGCAUCUCCAUGGCGACUGAGCUCUCAUUUCGUGUCUCCCUGCUUAGUGGUCAAAGUCAUUGCACAGGAUACCUGCCUCAGUUUGUCCAAUUUUACCGAUGAAGGCAGCUCAGCAUUGAAACACUGAGGCAGCAAACACACCUGUAUCUCUGUUCCUGUUAUUAUUUUAGUGCAUUGAAAAUUUGUUUUGCUGAACUGAGCACUUUAAUUAUCCUUUAGAGAAUCACAGUAUUUUUCAAAAAAAAAAUUUUCAUUUUUUACAUUUUUUUAUUUAGUGGUGCUAAACUGAACAUGACAGGUGAAGGACAACAAGAAACAGAAUGGCAGAGACAAGACAAGACAGGCACAAGCUUGGAUAACUGUUUACCUUUUUAUGUGGGUGUGUGGGUAUGCCUGUAUAUGAGUGCUUGUUUUGGGUAGUUAUAUAAAACGGAUAACAUUAUAAUAAUACUAACUAAUAAAAGUAAAAAGAAUAAUGCAACGAAACAAGGGGACAAAGCAAAAAAUAAAUACAAAUUUUUCAAAUUUCCCUACUUUCUUCCACUUUUUUCCUUCCCCCUCCUCCUUUAUCAUAUUGUUUCUAAUGCCUCUGUUUUUUCACUGUUAACAUUAAUUAUGCCGAAAAAAACCUACACAAGUUAACUUAAGGUACAUGUUAGUCAAACCAUGUUGAUUUUAUUCUCACAUUUUUAAGGCACAUACCUUUAGCUCCUGUUUUAGAGCCCCACAAUGAAAGGAUGAUCUGACCCACCUGUCAUAUAUCAGCAGAAACAUUCAUUUAGAGCAGAAGCUGAUCAUGCAUCUCAAUAGCUGUCCUCAUGGUCUCUUGAUAGGAGGCUAAUUAUCUUUAGUAUCUUAUAUCAUUGAAUGAUUUUGAGAAGUCUACUUAAAGAGCGAUAUGAGGCUUUAAUACUGAAGCAAAGUGAGUAUUUCUACAUUAAAUAAGAAAUAUGAGUUCUCAUAACCGUUAAUCGUAUAUUUUAUGAAAUAAUAAUGGCAAAAAAAUGUCUCAGCAGUGGAGAAAAGUCUAAAAUAACUAUCUGCUGCUCCCUGCGCAGUCUCUGUUUAGGAAUUUAUAGUGCCCCUUUUUUUGGCUGGAUAGAGACAGUGUAUUUCUUUGCAUUGUUAAUGACAUUAUGAGAUUGCAUAAUGGUUUAGAGCAGCGGUGCCCAACCUUUUUCCUUGAGGCUUACUCUUCUUUUAUCCUGCAGCCCUCACAGAAAAAAGCCAUCCAUGCUGUCAAAAAAAACAAAACAUGAAUUUUAAUGUCCUUACUGAAAGAGGUGAGGCUAUAAUGUACUACAUACACAGUUUCAUCCACAGGAAGAACCGUUCAAGCUAUCUAGAAAAUGUCUCAAAAUGACGAGCAUUGAACCAAUACUGGAGAAUUUUAAUUCUCAUGUCAUAGUUGCUAAUCUUGCUUUUAUUUUUAACUGCAAGUGUUAGUCUAAAGACGCGGAAAAAUUUGCAAGAUAUCGCUGUGCUGCCCAGGAUUUCUGAUCUGCUGUCAGCCAUCUCGAUUUUAAGAAAUAAUAAUAAUAAUUUAUUUUAUUUGUACAGUGCUUUUUACCCUCACAUACAUCAAAUCCUGUACCCUCACAGUAUGUUCCGGGUCAAAAUUGCCCCUUCAAAGUUCUCUUGAGUAGUUAGGUCAUUUUGACCUCUGUCUAGGUGUGUCUGUGUGACUGUAUGUCUGUGUGUGUGCGUGCGUGUGUGUGUGUGUGUUUCUGUCAAGAUAAUGAUAGUUUCAUAAUGAUUUGAAUAUAUCUUUUUGAACAACAAACCUUAUAUUGAACACUGUUGUUACUGUUUGUCACUUGUCCCACACUGCUAGAUCUAAAAUCCAUCUAAAUAUAGAUACGGGUCAAAUUUGACUCGUAACAGCCUUAGAGGGGAAAAAUUUGUAGCACAUAAACAAAAAUGCACAUGAAUAUUUUUAAAUUAAUUUCAUGUAUUUUGAGCAACUUCAGGAAAAGUCAUCAAGUUUCAGGCUUAAAAGAUGAUGUUUAGGGUAUUUUUACUGCUGUUAAAAGUCAAAACGGGUCAAAUUUUGACCUGAACAAUACGUGAGGGUUAAAAACACUCAAAGACGCUUUACCUAGAAUGUAUAACCCAAGAUAAUAAAACAGUAAAAUAAAACAGUUAAAUAUUAAAAGAAAUAUCAUGAACAAAGGCUGGCAGUGUAUGUAUGCGGUGACUAACUACAGCCAUUAGACGCAUGCAUUAAGUAGAACUCGGCUUUUGAUCAGCUGUCUGUCAUGACCACUAAUGUUGAAAGUGUUAACAAUGUUUCGGCCACUUUGAUUCAGUCUGUAACACAGCCUGUCUGCUAAAUGAGAUGAACUGAACCUGACCUCUUGUCCUCUGUCCUCAGGUGGAGGUGAAGCCGUACGUCCUGGAUGACCAGAUGUGCGAUGAGUGUCAGGGGGCUCGGUGCGGGGGGAAGUUCGCCCCCUUCUUCUGUGCCAAUGUCACCUGCCUGCAGUACUACUGCGAGUACUGCUGGGCCAGCAUCCACUCACGAGCCGGCCGAGAGUUUCACAAGCCGCUGGUGAAGGAGGGAGGAGACCGCCCUCGACAUGUGUCCUUCCGCUGGAGCUGAGAGGGGGUCACGAGUCCAGCCCUGCACCGGUGAACCCACACCCGAUCCCCCUAAAGAAAAUACCUCCUGCACCCCUCCUACCCUACAGGCUGGGUCAGCGCUGUAACACCCCCACAGCCCCACCUACUCCACCUGUCUGUCAAACACCUGAUGAAAAAAUAACCCGGUCUCAUACACAGGACAGUCCUCAUCCCCCCCACCCACUCUGAACUCAGUGUGUCCCCUGAUGAAGCACUGCGGGGACACUAACAUCAAUCAGCGCUAAAUUUGCACUUUGGCACAAAAUCUAACAAAGUACACACACUCUCUCACACACACCCACACACCCAGUAUGCUCUGUAUGACACCUGUCUGCUGUUAACUGGGUGCUGUGGUAUGUCCUGUUGGACCCCUCCUUACUGAGACAGAGGUGGGACCAUUUAAAUAUUUAAAAAAAUAUAUAAAUAUAUUUUUUGUUUUCUACUUAUCUAUUCAUAUAUAGAUAAUUUAAAUUUUAUGUAAAAAGGAGCAUGCACUUAUUUUGAAAAGCUGUAGUUCUGAUGCCCCUAGUAAAGAAUACAACCAAAGGCAAAUAAAAUGAACACAAACAGAAAAGAUAAUAGGAGGCAGAAGAUGUAGCAACAACUAUCCAGUAGUGUGAGUACAAAUAACAACGUGGCUAUAUUCACUUUCAAUUUUGACUCUGAAAAUAUUAAUACCUCAUACGCGGGUUAGUUUGCUUUUGGUUUCUAGGUCUUUAUUUUUAUAACAACAUUAUUUUUUAGUGUUAUGUAAAUGUAAUGCUGCAAUAGCUUUGCUGCUAAAUCCAUGGUAUAAACAGAUACCAUACGUACUUUCUUCAGGCUGGGUGUAGAAUAAUCAACAACAGAGAUCUACGGGAGCACCUGGCUCCACAAGCUAUCAAUAGGGGAGGGGGCGCCCCCAGAUGACGAUGGCUACCAUUGUGUGGGGGUGGGUGGGAUGGGAUUGGGGGGGUUGGGGUGGGUUGACCCUAACUGCAUGUUUAUUUCAAUCAGGUUGCUGCAUGCAAAGACUUUUCAGUAUCAUGUCUACUAUUUGACUCUGCCCAUGUUUGCACAACAAGAACGUUUGACUCGCACGAAACUGGACAGAAACACAAAAACGACUGGUCAGAGGAAUCAUGGCGGAGCCCGCCUCAGGCGACAGGGGAGAAAACAACCUUAAUAAUCACAAAUAUAAUGUAGGAUUACCAUUCAAACUGUCUCUGAUAGGUGAAGUACUUUUUUGCAGUGAUUGUUGAUAUAAUUGUGCAAUUUUUUAUACCGUAUGUAGUUAGGUGUGUAUGCCUAGAACUGUGAUUCGCUUUAACUGUCGUUAAUGUCCGACAUAGAAGUCCUGUGAAACUUCAUAACCAGUGUAUGCACACGUAUAUAUGUUCUCUUGUAAACACAUACUUGCACCAGAAUACACAGAAGCCUCUGGACACACACACAAACACACACACACACAGACACACACAUAUAUAAGGACGGAUGGACGGCUGUCUUUCUUACGCACAUACAGAAGACAAAACAAUGUGAGCUUAACUGACGAUUGAGGUCUUUUUCUGUUUGUUUAUUCGUUAACAGAAGCGCACGUUUACGUCCCAGAAUGCAACCAAAGAGCUCACACAUUUGAUUUGUAACAGACAACCUCCAACAGUGGAGGAAGAGGAGGAGGAGGAAGAAGGAGGAGGAGGAGGAGGAAGAGAGGAAGCUGCAACGCUCCUCCAGCCUCCCGCAGAGUUAGGGAGGUAAAGGGGGGCUAGACGAAAACAUUGAAGCUACUGGGGUUUGAGGUUGAGCUCUGCACAUGCUCUAACUACACAGCUGGAGAUGGGUGUGCUGGGGUGGGUGGGUGGGUGGGUGGGAGUUUCGGGGUGGGAAUGGGGGACAAAUAACAACACCAGAAGAUGCAGAAGUGCAAGCUGGGGUUACCAUAUUUAUCCAGAUGUUUUUUUUUUUUUCCUGCAAAGCUUGAAGUAAUGGACCUGCUAAAAGAGGUGGACAUUUAUUUUUUAGGUUUAUGAAAGGGUUACGUAACUCAAACAGGAUUUUGGGGAGGGGGGGGAAGUGAUGAGAGGAUUGGCUGCUGAAAAGGAAUUUAAUUUUUUUGUUUUGUUUUGGGGGUGGGGUGGGGGGGUGAGUUAACACUGGUUUUAUCAGUCUUGGGGACAAUCUGAGCGGGAUCCUGCAACAUUGCAAGUUCAUGUGUGGCCUCCCCUUUCUUUGUACGUAAAGUGAUCAUCCCACGUUGGCGCCUCUCUGUCCUCCCCUCUCUUACUUAGUCGAAAACUGUUAUGUGCUUUCAGAAUUGGUGUUUCUGUUGUCCAAGAAAAAAAAACACAAAAAAAAACAAAUCGAGACAUAAGAUACUUUUUUUACUGAUAGAAAAAAAAGAGGCUAACCAUGAGUAAUAAUAUGUAUCCCUCUGAAAGUGAAUUCUGGGUGUUUUUGUGACAUUUCCUCCCCCACCCAGACAGGUUUUCUAUGUUUUUUCCUUCUCUAAGAUCGAUAUUUGUUAUGCACUACUCUUUGUAUCUGAACAGUUUUCGACGGUCAGCAGUUGUUUUUGUUAAAAGACAAAAAAAAAAAGACGAUAAAAGCGUGCUUUCUGACUGACAAGAUCUUUUGCAAUACCUCAAUUUUGAAAUAUACCAGGAGAGAAACUGAUAUUUUCUAAGUAAGUUUAUUCAGAUGAAAAAAUAUAUAUUAAUUUAAUUCUUCAAAAGAAAUGAUUUAACAGAUGGUUGAUUUUUUUAUUUUUAUCAUGGUUAUUUGCUUUUAUUUUAAGAAUUUAUUUUUUGAAAAAGACAACAACUGAAGGAGCUUUAUAUCUAAUAUAAUGACGUAGUUAGUGAGAGUCUACUUUAUCACAGGGGAGGCUGGGCGAGGGUCCCACUGGUCAAAUUGGUCAUAACACAAGAGAAGAGCUCAUUAGGAAAUAACUAUCAGGUGCUCGGAGAGAAAACUGAACAUAUUUCCCAUGUCUUUGUAUAUUUAUAAUCAAUCAUUUACUAUGCUGACCAGAGUUGUGAAAGAGAUCUUCUGUUCAUUAUUUUUUUAAGAGAAGUUUUUUAUGUUUCCUAAAAGUUUUGUGCUCCCUUUUGUUUUAUAAAGAAGCAACAACGUGACCCUGGAGCUAAGAGGAGACUUGUGAGAGCCGCAGACCGGCGGGAGUCAGAGAGGCGAGAAUGUUCUUUUUAACACGAAACAGACACAACAAGUGUUUUCACCUGUAACUUGAUCAGAAGCCCCCAAGGUGCAUCAAUUGACUGGUGGCCUUCUACACACGCAAAACUUGAAUUAGUCCCAUUUUUUAAGGCUCAGAACCUUGAUUCUUUGUUGUAAUGUGCAAUACUGUUUGUACUGUUUGUAGAAAAGAAGAAAACAAGAAAAAGAGGCAUAAAUCUUUAUUGCAGAAUUAUUUUCAUUGCAAGCAUUGUGAUUCACUAAAAUCAUUUUCUACUGUGUAUUUACCUACUCUACCUGCUAGUACCUUCCAGUAGUAAUGUAGCCUUUGUACUGAGAAAAUUUUCAUUAUUUUUAGAAAGUUUUGCUAAAAAAGAAAAGAAUUUAAACAUAUUUACAUAUUUUCAUUUUUAUUUCGUAUUUUUUUCUUUACAGGCUUUUUUUUUCUCAACCAUUAAUAGUUAUUUCUGGGGGAGACUUUCAUAUCUGGUCAAUGUCAUUAAUAUUAUUUUGUAUUUUUACUUGGAAUAAAUUAAUUUUAUGAUGCUAAUUCUUUUAAAGUUUAUUUUCUUGGUUUGUUCACUUUUUCAUUUUUUUGAAGCUGAAAAAAAAAAAAAGUUUGUUAUAUUGUUACUAAAGUGUCUCGAUUCUUGAACCGCUAAGCUUUAUGUGUUAACUCGCUGAUGUUGCUUACAUUAGUGUGAAAAAAAGAAAAAAAAGAACUACUCACACAGCAGAUUGGUGGUUGGUGAUGUUUAAGUGAUUCGCAAUGUAAACAAAUGAAUGGGCAAUAAAAUAAAAAAUUGCAGAAUGGAGCAUACAUGCUGUAUGUUGUGUAAUUGUGGCUUUCCAAUCCCUCUGACACUAACAUUUCUAUAACCACUAACCUAACAGUGACUACAAACAUUAAACUUAGAGCCACUCUGAACCCCUGCAGAGUUCACUAAUGUUUUUAUGUCUUUAUUUACAUGUAGAACUGCACCGCAUCAUGAAAAAGCUGCUAAAUUUUAAAGGUUUUAAGUUUGGCUCUGGACUUUAGUGUCCAAGCUCUUAACAAAUACCCUGAUGUUCUGUCUUUUGUGAGCAACGUUGUAUUUUUUGAUAGUUGUUGAAUCAGCCAAAAGUUAAAUCAGAAAAAAUCAACUACCCACAUAAGAGCUAAAGCUACAACACACUUAGUCCAGCUCAGCAUCAGCACCAGCUAAAAAAAAAAAAGAGUCCAGGCCCCCAAACUGUGA